CCCGCGCCUGCGCAGUGCGGCGCUGCUUUUCCCUCCCUGGCGCCUGUCAGUCCGUCCGUCGCUCUGUGAGGGGGAAGAAGAAGAAGAUGGGGCCGCGGCAGCAGCAGCAGCAGCACUGAGGGGGGGGGAAACAGCAGCCGCCCGCCAUGGCCGACCCGGCCCCCGCCCGCAGCCUCGACGACAUCGACCUCUCCGCCCUCAGGGUGAGCGGGGGGGGGGGUCAAAGGUCAGGGGAGGGGGAGGGGAGGGAACAGGAAUGACACAGACUAACCCCCCCCCAAAAAAUUCUUCCGUGGGGCUGGGAGGGGUGAGGAGGGGGCUGCAGCUGUGACGCCCCCCUGGUGUAGUCCGUGGGUUGGGGGGGCGCCAGGAGGGUGCCUGGGUUGGAGGCGGCGGCGAGGAGCCUCCCGAGCCCCCCCCCCGCGCGCCUCUGCUGCAGGGGCGAGCCGUGCCGUGUCAUUCCCCCCCCCCCCGGCAACCUGCAGCACCAGGGGCGGGCAGGGGGCGGGCUCGCCUCUUCCUCCUCUCUCCUUCUGCCCCCCCCCACACGACGCAGCUCUUCUUCCCUCCUGGCUGCUGCCGUCGUGUUUUGUGGGUGGGGGUUGCCCUCUCUAGAUCAGCUGCUGGGGGGGGGGAGAUUAGGGAGAGCCAGCCCCCCAGCAAAGGGACGGUGGGGUGGGGAGACACCCACCUUCUCCCUGCCUAUGGUGCUUUCUGUCUCCCAAUCGGAGCACGCACAUAUUUUAGGGCGGGGGGGGGGCACAAGGAUUGUGCUAAUGGGUGGGCAGACCUUUCCCCCCUCCACCUCUCCCACCCCACCGGUUCUGUGUUUAUAAAGCCUUCUUUCUGGGCCCUGCAAUCUCCUUCCUGCUGAUUUUUAAAAGGCUUGUUUAACCCUUAACCUGGCAGGCAGCUCCCCACCUUCGACUGGGCUGGUUCCGUGGUUGUUAGCUAGCCUGCGCAAUCUAACUUGCUCUAUGAAUAUUCGUCAUCCGUAAUAACUCCUGCCACCUGAAUUUGCUGAAUUCGCUUUACCCCGGUAGAGUAUCGCCCUGGUUGUUCAGUGUCACUGUUACCAGGAAGAGUCCUGACAGUUUCGGGAUAAUUGUUGCCUUGCUAUAUUUCAGGCCCUCUUUUAAAAGUGUGCCUUUUGGUGCUCUGGAGCCCUUGGGGUCCCCACAGCUCAGUUCGGGUCAUCAUGCUUUCCUCUGUGAGUUCCUUGCUCAGAAACUGGAGGGGACAGGAGAGACUGGGAUCCGCUCUCCCUUUCCUUCCUCUGUUGCCUCCCACGGUAGUGAAAAUGAUUGAUAAACUGGAAGCUCCGUGCUGCAGGGAUCUUAUGAAGCCCCAUUUAGUACCAGGCAUAACUGCUUAUAAAUACCAAUAACCUGAUCAGCAGGCUCUUUGUAAUGCUUUGCAAAAUGACCCUUUUAAAGAGGAAGAUUUUACUGUCAUUGCUUGCAAGGUGGCUCUGGGGAUACAGCGAUGGGAGAAGUAACUUUCCUCCUCCUUUCCUUUUAACCUUCAUGCUGCAGCUGAUGGAUUUGCCUAAAAUGCCCCCCUUUGCAGAUGGCACCUGGGAGGGGUGCCUGUCUCAGGCCUGUUUGCCCUCUUGCUGAGUGUAGCAGUGGGCUUUUUCGUUUGCGUGCGUGAGUGUGCUUGUGGCUCCUGUUUCUUGCAGAUAAAAGGGAACUUGGUGAGUCAUGGUUGGUGAUGUGCAGGGCCGGAUUGUUGUGGCGAGAUUUGCCACUGUGGGGUUUACGAGGUGGAGUUUUUCACCUGUUGCCUCCUCCCAAGUUGUUUUCCUCACAGGCUGGCACGCAUGCGUCAUUUCUGUAGCAGGAUGGGCUGCUUUCAUCUGUGCGCUGUCAGCAGAAUCGGGAGCCGAGGGAGCCCUUUGGAAUGCAGCCUGCCUUUCCCUUUCAUUCAGGGAGGGGGCCUCUCAGUAUCUGGAAUCAUCACCUCAGGGAGGUUGCACAAGCCGUGUCCUGACAGAUGGGGAGCACGGCCCUCCCUCGCCUCAGCUGAUCCCAUGUUUUCCCACUGUGGAAACAUAGGAAUAUCCCUGCUGGAUCAAACACCGUCUACUCCAACAUCCUGUUCCCACAGUGGCCACAAGCAAAAUCUCAGCACAACGACAGCGCCCUCCCCACUUGUGAUUCCCAACAAGUCAUAUUCAGAGAGGCGCACUCUGUCUCCGACAGUGGAGGCGGAGAACAGCUGGCAUGGCUAGUAGCCAUCGGCGGCUCGCUCCUCCUCCAUGAAUUUGCCCGGUCCUCUUUUAAAGCCAUCCAAGUUGGCGGCCAUCCCUUCCUCCUGCAGGAGGGAGUUCCACAGUUUAACUAUGCGCUGCGUGAAGAAGGACUUUGUUUUAUCUCUCCCGAGUCUUUCAACACAUACCUUGUGUGCCUCCUUGUCAGGAUCCAUCCCAGGAGGAUAUGUGGAUGAAGGAAAGGAUAGGAGUGGUUUUCUUGAAACCAGGAUCGAGAAAUAGCUUAUCGUGGUAACUUCCUGUCAAAAUGUGCAAGCUUCCCAGUUUCACAAGUUCUCACAGUACAGAAAAGAAUCAAGUUUUUUCCCCUGUUUGAAGAGAUCUGUGAAACUCAAAAGCUUGCACGCUCCUGCACCAGCCUAAGUUUGGCACAAUAACAAUAUCUUCAUCUGUUCUGUGUGGCUUACGAACCUCUGGGCCAACAGGACAACAAUCAGCUAUUGAGCUGGAAACCAAGAGGCAGAAAAUUCAAAGCUAUUUAAACUCACUGCUCCUCAUUUGGCCCACCCUCCUGUCAGGCUGAGGGCCUCUCAUCUACAAAAUCUCAACAGGCAGCCUGGAACUUGGAAUUAAACAAAAACCUGUUCCAAGAGAAUUAAGGCUCCUUAAAUGGGGCACACUUGCUUCUCUUUGCUUUUGAAGUUGCAAGUCCACCCAGCCUUUCAGGCUCCCUCUUUCAAGGUGCAGAAUGAGCAAUUCUUCAGUAUAGCCUGCCCUCAGUUGCAAAAUCGGAAGGUUGUUGUUGUUGUUGUUGUUGUUGUUGAGAAACUGAGUAAUUCUCUUUCGGAAGAAGAAAUGGUUGGGGAAGGGUUAGGCAGUCUUGUCUGCAAGUGUUCUGCAAUUCCACACACCAUGGAGGAACAAGGUUCCACCUGGUUUUCCUCUGCAGGGUACAGAAUUUUAGGGCUGACAUUGCUGAGCAGAGGAGUGAGUAGCUGGACGUGGCAGUUUUUGUGACAGCGGAGUGCAUUUUUGUGGUAAAAGGCAUGUGUUGGGUAGGGUAGCCUUUGCAACUGGGGCCCGUUUCUCAAGGAGCUAGCAGCAUUUGAUGAGCACCAGAGAGCACCCUGCUCCAAAAAAACAACAACCCCACACUCUGUUCUGGUGAGGGGUGAUUCUCAGGCGGAUACUGCCAUGAGUAGGAGCCAGCCUGCAAUUGCCACUAUUUUGGAUGGAGGUCAACUGCUGCUGCUUAAGCAUGGCAGCCCCACACCUCAGUCAAGCGAAGCACAUUGGCAGUCGCCAGCCGUAAAUUCCUGCUCACCUCCAGAGACCUCACACGGCAUUUUUCCUCCCUCGGGCGCUCUCAGCAGAAACCGCCUGCCAGCUUUCCAGUUUUUGUCUGCCAUGGUAAGGUCUAGAACCUUGCUCCACUCCCUUGAAAGUCCCCCAUUUAAUAACUGGAGGGCCGGAUUCUGUCCUAGCUGGUUUCCUGCACUUUUGGUUUGAUUUAUGUCCCAGAAGAUGCCAUUGGAUGCACCUUAGCGCUCGCUGCAGUGAAAGUGGGUCAAGGAGCGCUUCUGCCCUGAGGUGUGGCCGGCAGCUGGGCAGGAGCCAGAGGAGAUGCCAUCAGGCGAGGAGAAUGCCAGUUAGGCAGGUUGGUUUUCACGAGGGAGGGGAAGGCCUCUUGCCUGGAGGGAGUUGGCAGGAGCAGAGCCUGGCCAUGGCACCUGCGUUUGUUGUGGGGAGGGAGGCUGCGAGGGGUGGGCGCAGGCCUUCACCCUCUCCCCUGGCGCUGCAGGGGCAGAGGUGUUCAGCGCCACACUCCUGAAGGCACAGUGUGCGUAGGACCUGCUGUGGCGGAGAUUUGGUGAUUCCGCUCCAGGGGCCACGGUGCCCUUGUCUGAGCAGGAAUUGCUGGGUGGGAGUGAGGAGGAGCGUCUUUGAAACAGGUGACAUGUGAGACUGGAGCUUUGGCGGGUGACAGCCUUGCAGAAUCGACCCAUCAGCAGAAAACCCACUCGGCCAGAAGCCCUUCCACCACAGCAGAAAUUAAAUUUCCUCUUUCGGCAGCGUCAAGGACGAGGAGGGGACCAGCCUGGUGCAGGCCUUUCCACGUGGGCUGGGGGCGCUUCUGCCUGCCUAGGAGCCCUGGUCCCUUAAGCCGGCACCUCCACCGCAGUUCUGCCACAGGUCUUGUGGCAGCAUUUGUGUGCAUCCAGGAGAGAGCAAAGACCUUGCUUUGGAGUUGGCACUCGAAGGGGCCUGCUCCCUGGGCUUGCUUCCUGAGAAGGAGGCCAAGCAGCAGAGAGCCCAGUGGAGGGCAGCUUGCUCUUUUGUGCCUGGGCUCCCGCAAGGAGUGUGUGAAAGCCAGCCUGCCCCUGUUGGCCCCUGGUCGUCACCCCCCCUCCGAGGACCCCCCGGGCCCUCUGCCUUCUCUUUUGCUCUCUGACCCCCAGCCCAUCCUCACCUGCUCCUUUCAGCCUCCCUCGCAGCACGCCUGCUCUUGGGGUGAGGCAGGGGUCUUUGCUGCGCCUUAGCAUCCCAGAACUGCAGCGUUGGAAAGGGCCGGGGGGUCAUCCGGCUCAGCCCCCUGCAAUGCCUCUGCAGGGGUGUGCAUGUGUGCCUGCCUUGGGGAAGGUGAUACUGCCUGGCCCUUUCCCCCUUCCGGCUCUGGAGUUCUCCGAAGGAUCUAAUAUUUUAAAAAACCCUUUCUCUCUCGGUUGCCUCUCUCCCCUUCGCCCCACUGUGCUGGUUUCUGGCUCUUAUCUGAGAUGCACGAGCCUGCGGCAGACCGUGUGCGUGUGUGUUUGUGUGUUCCCUUUGCAUGGCCUCCGCGCUUGAAAAGGGAUCUCUCUGCCUUGAUGCCGCCGCCAUGCUUUCUUGUUGCUAGGGAGAACUUGUUGACUGCAGCAUGUUAGCCUUGAUUGAAUUACAAUCCUCCCUUUCAUGCUUUUAUAUAUUCUCUCUCUCUUUCUCGCUGUCCUUGAACCAGGCAGCACUCGCUGGGAGCAAGGCAGAUUGUUCCUGGCCUCGCAAUAGCCGCCUUCCUCUCGAGUUGCAAAGAACAGGCCCCCCAAGACCGUCUUGGCAGGAAGGCAGGCAGGCAGGCAGGGAAACCAGAGCUCCAGUUUCAGCUCUGUUUCUCCCCCAGCAAAUCUGUCCCCAGCUCCUGGUUCUUUCUCAUGUGAGUGCUUCUGCAGGGAGGGUGGAAAGGCAAGAGAAUCCACACUUGCUUUUGGGGGGGGGUGAGGGAGUGGGAGAGGGGAAGGAAGGAGUCUGUCUCCCCCACCCAGGGUGAAACCUCACCUGCCGCUUGUGAUGCAGGAUUCAGGAGAGAGGCCCUUCAAGCUGGCAAGGGCUUAUGCCGCCCCCUCCAAAGGGGGUGGAGGCAGCAUUUGGGGGUGGGUGCUGUCCUCUCAGCUCCUCUUCUGCAUUUUGUGUGUUGGGUGGGGGGUAGAGAGGCUUUUAAACAGAGGCUGGGUGGUCGUCUGUCAGGGAUUCCUUAGCUGUGACCCCUGCGUUGCAGGAGGUUGGACUAGAUGACCCUCAGGGGUCCUUUCCAGCUCUACAGUUCUGUGAUUCUGGCCACCAUGUUAGAGAGGAGCGACAAGCCCCCCCCCCCGAACUUCUGGAAGGCUCAACAGAGAAGUCUUGGGUUGGCUGCCAAAAUCGGGAAGACAUUUCAGCCCGUCUGUCUGUCCUCUCUCUCUCCUCCAGCGUCCCUGCAGUGUGCAGUUUGGCUGCAUUGCUUCCUGAAAUGCAAACCAUGAGCUCCCGCCCCCCCCCGCCAACCCAACAGGUGCAAGCUGACCUGACAUGGUGUCUAGGCGGCCUGACAGUGAAGUCCUUCAUGCAGUGCAGUGUUCAGCUGUGGAACUCACUCCCACAGCUUUCACUCCUUUGUGGCUUGAAAAGAGAACUGGAGAAAAGGGCUAUUUAUUGAUGACUGUGAGCCGUGAGUGAGGCUCUGAUCUGCUUCCACAGCUGUUUAUGAAAGCCAGUUGCUGGAAACCACAGGAGCAAAGAGAUCUCUUGCGUUUGAGUCCGUCUGGUUGGCCCCUGUGUGAACAGGAUGCUGAGGGGCCACUGGCCUGUUCCAUCUCUAGGAAGGGGUUGGACUACUUGGGUCCCCCUUCCUCGUGGGGCUGGGGGAAGAGAUCUGAGCAGCCGGCUCCGCUCCUCUCUCUCAGCCCUCCUCUUGCAUGAGAUGAAGUGGCCCCGCUCCUGCCUUCUCUCCAGGGUGGGGCUGCUCUCUUUGCUCAAGGCGGACCUGCCCCAACCUGCUUUUCCUCUCCCGGUGGCUCUGGUUGAAUAAGCAUUUUGCAAGCAGGCUGGCUGGGCUACAAGGGAGGGAGCCCGGACCCCUUCUCUUCACCCCCAUCUUGGGGGGGGGGAGAUUAAGAGAAGACUGCCCAGUGGAUUCCUUUGCCAUCCUAAUGCAUUUGAUGGAAAGGCCUCGCCCAGACGAGAAGGAGAAAAAACCCAACCCAAAACACACACCGGCCUAGUUCUAACCCCCCCCACCCUAAUAAAAGCCUUCUCAGAGGUGAAGAAAAUGAGGUUGGGGGCUGAGUCUUCCACAUCACUGCAAAAACGCUGAUCCUGAAGACUCUUGCUGACUCGGCCUGAUAAUGCUUGUAGCUCCAUUUUACAUAUUUACUUACUGCAUUUAUACUUUUCUCCAAGGAAAAAUAUGGUCCUCCGCUUCCUCAUUUAAUCCCCACAGCAGCCCUGUGAGGUAGGCUGGGCUAAGAGGAAGCAAUGACUGGCCCCAAAGGUCACACCCGGCGGGCUUCAUGGCUGAGUUUUGGGGGGGGGGUUUGAACCAGUCUGUUCUCUCCUAGGUUCUCUCCCAACACUCUAACCCAGGCACCCCCAAACUCAGCCCUCUAGCUGUUUUGGGACUACAGUUCCCAUCAUCCCUGACCACUGGCCCUGUUAGCUAGGGAUGAUGGGAGUUGUAGUCCCAAAACAGCUGGCGGGCCGAGUUUGGGGAUCCCUGCUCUAACCUCUGUGCCACGCUGGCUCUCAUGAUUUCUCCAACAGAGAUGAGCAAGUAAAUACUGCAGAUAUUUUAAUCCCACCCACCCCCAUCUCAGACAGACAAAUUCAUGAGUGAUAAGACAUUGGGGCACUUGGCAGAAUGCUCAGCUAGGUUUAUUUGAGGGUCUCUCCUCACAGCUGUCUUUGCUGAAAGGGUCUAGAUGCCCCUUUGGGUCACUUCCAGCUCUGCGGUUCUUUGAUUCUAAGAAAAGGGAAGCUCUUCUUGCUGCUGCUGCUGCUGUCUGCACCUUAGGGUUUCCUCCCCACCUGCCACUCUGCCUAGGAGGCACCUUGACCAGGUCUGAAAAGUCCCGCAAAGUCACUGGGAAGUGGUGGUUCCUCCUCCUGCUGGCCUCUGCUGUCUGAGACAUCAGUGCACCCCCAAACUCGGCCCACCAGAUGUUUUCGAGCUACAGUUCCCAUCAUCCCCGACCACUGGUCCUGUUAGCUAGGGAUGAUGGGAGUUGUGCCUGCCUUAGGUGUUGCUGUGACAUGUCUCAGAGGUGUCCCUGCCAGCCUCUCUUGGAGGCAAGGACAAGCUGGGUUCAGCAAAUCCUCAAAGGAAUCAUCCCCCUCUCUGUGCUUGGUGGGUGUUUUCUUUUUAGACCAGUGGCUGUGCUUUUCCUGUGUCCUGGAAGCUGAGUUGGUGCAUCCUGUGGCUUGAUCUCCAGUGGGGGAAUUGGCGGCGGUGGUGUAACUAUCCAGCCCCCUCUUCCCUCCAGGGUCACGAGCUCCGCCACUGCGGUUCGCCUUCAAGCGUCCCCCUGGGGACGUCUGUGCAGUGAAUUAAUAGGGAGUCCAAGUGCCUGUCUGGGGAAGGGCCUGGCUACCUCCUGCCGCGGAGACCGCUGUGGAAAUGUCACGCCCUGGCGUGGUGGUGGCGAGGGAAGAGAGUGCUGCGGCAGCAACAGAGGAGGAGAAGCUCGCUUUCUCUUUGCAGUGGGGAUGCCCAGGAAGGCCGGAAGGGGCGUCCACUGUGCCAAGCAGGAGGCAAAGUCCUUCCUAGAGGCCCACAGCGGAGGAGGAGGGGAGGGCAAAGUCUGUGACUCGGGCGCUGUGCCAACAGCCCUGCAGGGAGGCCUCCCGCUGUGUGUUCCUCUGGACCACAUGAAACUGGGAACAAGUUGCCUCUUGCCUGCAUCCAGCCAACGGCUGUGCUUUGGAAAAGAGUAAUAGAAUCCUGGGGUCACCCAGUCCAACCCCCUGCAAUUUCAGGAACCUCAACUAAAACAUCUCUGACAGGUGGCCUUCGUUUUCUGUACUGUCUGAAGCUAAGGGAGUUUCCGGCUAGUGGGCUGAAGAAUCCACUGGUGGGAGUGUCGUGGGGAGUGGUCUGCCCUGCGGACUGCAGGGGUUGUGUCCUCCCAAGUUCCUGGUCCAGAGAGGAACACAGGAAGCUGCCUUAAAACUGAGUCAGACCCUUUCUCCACCCAGCUCAGCGUUGCUUACACUGACUGGCAGCAGCGGCUGGCCAGGGUUUCAGGCAGAGAAUCUUUCCCAGGCCUGCCUGGCCAUGCCUCUGGGGAUUGAUCCUGGGACAUCCUGCGCACAAAGCAGAUGUUUAGAAAGCUCCUGCAGGUUUUAAUCUGUUUUUAGAAUCGUAAGAGUUGGAAGGGACCCUGAGGGUCAUCUAGUCCAACCCCCUGCAAUGCAGGAAUCUUUUGCCCAAUGUGGCGCUCGCAGCCCAGAGAUUCAGAGUCUCAUGCUGUAUCACUGAGCUGUGGCUCUUCCAACAAAUGCCUUUUCCCCUCCCCCUCCCCCUCCCAAGCCCAAUGUCAGGGUUAGAUUUUCAGUUGCCAGUCCAGCCGAAAUACUCAUGGUAUUUCCUAUGAACUCAUUGACUUCCUAUGAAAUGAACUCAUGGACUUCCUAUGAAGCUGAGUGCUGGAGGAUUCAGGAUAGAUGAAAGGAAAUCCUUCUCCACGCAGCGCAGGGUUAAGCUGUGGAACUCACUGCCACAAGAGGUAAUGAUGACUGCCAUCUUGGAUGGCUUCGAAAGAGGAAUACAGUGGUACCUCAGGUUAAGAACUUAACUCGUUCUGGAGGUCCGUUCUUAACCUGAAAUUGUUCUUAACCUGAAGCACCACUUUAGUUAAUGGGGCCUCCUGCUGCCGCCACGCUGCCACCGUGCAAUUUCUGUUCUCAUCCUGAAGCAAAGUUAUUAACCCAAGGUAAUGUUUCUGGGUUAGUGGAGUCUGUAACCUAAAGCGUCUGUAACCUGAAGUGUAUGUAACCCGAGGAAGCCACACGAGGGGAGAGUGUUCUUGUGUCCAUGUCCCGUCUGUGGGUUCCCCCCAGGCACCUCUGUGGCACAGUGGGUCAGUGCCUCUGGCUGUUAACCAGAAGGCUGGUGGAUUGAGCCCACCCAAGGCAGGAUUGCAGGGGGUUGGACUAGAUGACCCUCGGGGAUCUCUUCCCUCUCUACAAUUAUAUGAUCCUGUGGCUGGCCACUGUAAGAACAGGAUGCUGGACUAGACGGGGCCCCUUUGGGCCUGCAGGCUCUCUCCUUACGUUCCUAUAGUCAAAUGUCUGUUAGGUGCCAGAGAACCUGGGACUUUCCUUUUCUGCUGGCAGGAAGUGGGGUGGAGGGCUGGGGAAUUGCAGAGACUUCUGGGGAGGAACCCCCCCCAUGUGGACCUGGAUCGGAUGUGGAGCAGGAGAGGGAGGGUGGGUUGGUGUCUUGUUGGCAAAGCUGUUGAUCGUAGGCCUGGCUGCUCCAAUUUCUCUCCUGCAUGUGCUGCUGCCCCCCCUCCACCCCCUGCCUUCUUAUUCCUCUUCUCCCCACCCACCCUUUUCUCGUCGCCUAGUCUCGGGGGGACGGAACCACACUGGUGCCUGCAAGAUCCCAGAAGGUGACACUCCCUGCGAAAUAAGGGAGCCCGUGGGAAGCGUGCCGUUUGUCCAAAGUGCAGUGUGGGGCUCGCGAUGCGACCUAGAUGCUCUCCUUGCGCCUAGAGUCUGUCACUGAAGGCCAGGGGCCGUACCUGCCAGGGCUUCUAUCGGGGUGGACAGGAGCUUGUGUCCUGGCAGAACGGGAGGGGCUAUAGCUCAGUGGCCGAGCACGUGCUUUGAAUGCAAAAGGUCGCAGGUUCAAUCCCCGACGGCAUCUGCAGGUAGUGCUGGAAGAGACCCAGGACAGCCACUGUUGCCCGUCAGUGUAGGCAGCACUGACCUAGAUGGACCAAGGGUCUGUCUGGUGGCGGUGGCAGGUCCAAGAGGGGCUUUGUGGCAGGGCUGCCUGGGGGCCACUCCUCCUCCCUGCGAUCCAUCAGAACAAGCUGAGCUGGAGGCAGGCAGGGAAGCAGCCAAAGCUGCAUCUAAUUCAGGAAGGCUGCCAUGGAGACUGAGGAGGCAGCUGGGUGGGAGCCGCCUCUCUGCCUCUUCGGCGUAGUGGGGGGGGGGGACGACUCUUGGCGCAGUCUCUUGCUCAGCCUGCAGCUUCCCUCCAAUGUGGCUGAGCCCGGGGAACAGGCCCCAUCGCCUAGUGCGGAUGUUAAAGAGGGUGCUGGCCAGGCCUGAGGCUGCUGGGACCAAGCCAGGCAGGGUGUGAAGCUGUGGCUUCCUUGGGGGUGGGCUCUCCUUCCUUGGAGGUUUUUGAUCAGAGGUCAGGCGGCCACCUGCCAGGUAUUCAUCACUCCUGCAUUGCAGAGGGUCAGCCUAGACAACCCCGGGGGUCCCUUCCAGCUCUGUGAUUCUCUCAUUCUGGGGCUGCCAGCGGUGGACAGCUUAUCUUAAAGCAGCCUUUGCCAGCCUUCAUCCCUGGCUGAUCCCAUGUGGCUCCGCUGGGUGGCGGCGGGUGGGAGUUGUGGUGCAGAGCUCCUGGAGGGCGCCAGGUUGGGUUGCCUGUCCAGUUCUGAGAGGAGGCUUCCCAUGAUCUUCUCUGAGGUGGGUGCAGAACACGGGCAGCGCUGGUGGCGUAGGAAAAGGAAUACCUUUUCAUGUAGUUCAACUGUGGAACUUGCUGCUGCAGGAGGCAGCAGCGAUGGCCGCCAAUCUUCACGGCUUUAAAAGAGAACAAAAUAAUGGAGGAGCAGAGGGCUUUCGAUGGCCCCUCGCCCUGAUGAAGGCUGUGCAGUUGCUGGAAACCGCGAGAAGGAGGGAGAGAGGCUCUUGCGCUGCAAUCCUCCUUGCGGGAUUCCCAGUCGAGGCCUCUCUUGGCCGCUGUAAGAAUCGGAUGUUGCAUACUGGCCAAGAUGAGCCUUUGGUACGCAGGAUGAGACCCUCCCUGCCCGCGGACUGUCUCGCCAGAGUGGUGCAUGCUCUGGUUCUCUCCCGCUUGGACUACUGCAAUGCGCUCUGCGUGGGGCUACCUUUGAAGGUGACCCGGAAACUACAACUAAUCCAGAAUGCGGCAGCUAGACUGGGGACUGGGACCGCAUAACACCGGUCCUGAAAGACCUACACUGGCUCCCAGAACGUUUCUGAGCACAAUUCAAAGUGUUGGUGCUGACCUUGAAAGCCCUAAACGGCCUCUGUCCAGUAUACCUGAAGUAGCAUCUCCACCCCCUUUGUUCAGCCUGGACACUGAGGUCCAGCUCUGAGAACCUUCUGGCGGUUCCCUCACUGCAAGAAGCCAAGUUACAGGGAAUCAGGCAGAGGGCCUUCUCAGUGGUGGCGCCCGCCCUGUGGAAUGCCCUCCCACCAGAUGUCAAGGAAAUAAACAACUAUCUGACUUUUAGAAGACAUCUGAAGGCAGCCCUGUUCAGGGAAGCUUUUAAUGUUUUAUCAUGUUUUUAAUAUUCUGGUGGGAGCCGCCCAGAGUGGCUGGGGAAACCCGGCCAGAUCAGUGGGGUAUAAAUAAUGAAUUAUUAUUAUUAUUUAUUUGGCCUGAUCCAGUCGGCUUGCCUUUCGUUCUCAGAGCUAGGUGGGCUUCUGGGACUCUUUACGCAUGGAGAUGAGAGACCAGACAUGCCACCCUCUCCCCCUCCAGCCUCCCUGCUGCUUUGCAGCCUCUGACAGUUGCUGCUUGUCUUGCGCUGUGGGGCGGCACCCCUUCUCCCCACCAGAGCCAACUUCGCCCAGCACCUCUGGGAGGGAAUUUUGUGUGUGUGUGUGUGCCUUGCCCCUCCAAGAGCGGAGAGAAGCCACCACCCCCUGGCUCAGACCUGCGGCUUGUCAGCAGGAGCUGGCUCCUUCGCCAUCCCCACAAAUCGGCUUAGGGGUCUUUGCCUAACCUGAUUACAAGCCGGCAACCAGCAGGUGAUUUGUAAUUAAAAGGCAGACGGGAAGCCUCUGAGCAGAGCACUAGGGCAGCGCUUCUCCCGCCCCCCCUUGCCCCCCCAGCACUGAACACCAGGCAGCAAGGCCAGGGAGACCCUGGCAGUGUGCAAUGGGGGGAGAGCAGAAGAGAGGGAGGAGCUGGGCCUUGGCAGGGGGACAGGAGACCCUGAGCUGACGCAGAGGAAGGCCGCCCCGAAAUGUGUCCCUUGGCCAAAUCGGGAGGGAGCAGCGCCAGGGUUCAAAUCCCCACUCGGCUGCCAUGGUGCCCACUGGGUGUGACCUUGUGAGCCAGUCUCUGCCCCUCUCAGUCUGGCCUACCUCACAGGGUUGUUGCAGGGAUUACUUGAGGAGGGCGGAGAACCGUGUAAGCUGACUUGAGCUCCAUGGAGAACAAGUUGGCAUAUAAAUGCAACAAGUCAGCAGUAAAUAAACAGGAGGAGUUCAGACCAAAGUGUGUGGGGGAGGGUCCACUCAGUCCAGUAUCCUGUUCCUUGCAGAUGCCCCCAUGGGAAGCCCACUGGUGGGUGUCCUGGGCGCAACUGCCGUGGUCUCCACACACACCGCCCCCCAUGCCCCACUCUUGCUCUGGGGCUCAGAGGUGCUGCCUGACACUCACCCUGGAGGUUGUGCACUGCUGGAGAUCUGCGGGGGGGGGGGGGAAAUGUGCCCAUUUCGCAGGAGCUGCCACUGUGCAGCGCAAAGGGCUGCAGCAGUGUGAGAGGGUUAGUUUGUCACCACCAGGUUCAGCCAUCCCCUCCCUUGGGUCACUGUUUUUUGGGGUGCGCUGCUCUUCGUGAACAGUUGCUGUGCCACCUGCACGCUGGGGCUUUUUCGCUUGAUUUCCCUCUGUGCCACAAGCAGGCUCCGUUCUGGUUUCCAGGUGAGGGCGGCUGCUGAUGCCGCAGGGAGCCCUCCUCCUCCUCCUGGCGCAUGGCGUGGGCAGGGCCUGUGGAGAGAGCUGUGCCAGUGGGCGGCUGUUUCUGCUCGUCCAUUUUCUCCCUUUCUUUCCCUUCCUGCCUCUCCCUGCCUCCUGACUCACAGCCGCCCCCCCAAACCUCCCCCCCAAGUGCCAAGGAGCAUUGAGCAGCCUUCCCCCUCCCAUUGUCUCGCCUCCCACGCCCCCCCUCUCCUCUGACCCCAAAGGGAGCAAGCGCCUUGUCCUGCCUCUGCUCCCCCCACACUUACAACAGGUGUGCCCCACACAAACCACUCGCUUCCCUUUUCCUAUGCAGAUUGUGACCCCUGACUAGGUGGCACCUCCCCUCCCCCACCCCGCCUCCUACAACCAAGAGACCCCGGAGUCCUGAGUUCCUGGGGAGAAGUUGGCGGUGGUGGUGGCAGGUGGCCGGAGAGAUUUGCUGCUUCUGGCUUCCUUCCCAAGUCAAGCCUUGUGACGGACUUUGCUGGGAGGCCUGGAAUCCGAGGGAGGCUGAGAGCCGGAUUAGAAAAGGGUCUCUUUGUCCUGCGGGGGGUGGGGGGCCACGGCCAGGAGCCACGCGCUGGAUUUGGCAGGCUGGGGAAGGAGGAAGGUGGGGGUUAGAGGCCCACCACCACCACCACCAAGAGAACCGGAAGGCGACUGGCUCCUUCCCCAGUGCGAGAGGGAGUCCUGCGUGCCACCUUGGAGCAAAGAAUGCUGGGAAGGGGGUGUGGGCUGAAAGCCAGGACCCCCAUAGAACCUCUGUGAAGAAAGGGGAGUCAUGCCUAGCCUGGGGGGCGGGGAUACUGGGGCUUCACACAGUGCCCAGUUAACUUGUGGAACUCGUUGGUUCUUCCUUUUUCCGGAAAGCUAUUCGCUUCUUGAAAAGGGGCUGCCUUCUGUGCCUCCCAGCAACCCAGUUUCCUGGUCCUCCUUGUCGGAAACUGGGGCAGGGUAGAGGUAGACUUGCAGACUCUUGGCACGCAGUGAAACAAAAGCAGCACCUUUAACUGGGGCACCUCUUCCCUCAGUUGGCAACUCGGUCAGGCAAGCCUCCAGGAGGGACUUGCCCUUGCCUUGGCAACCCACACACCCCAGCGCACGGGGAUGUUUGUACCUUGGACUGGGCGUGCGUCGUGGGCGUCGGGUGGGGAAAUAGCACGGCUUGGUUCUUGAGCUGGUGGGAGGUGGACUCCUAAGACUCAAGCACCGCGGUGACCCCUCUAGUGCAGCUUGCAGGAUGGGAAACCCUCAAGCAGUUGCUGAGCGCAAGAGCAGCUCUGCCCUCCUGCGAUUUCCUGCAGAUGGAAUUCAGAAGCACCCGUGGAAGCAGAGCAGAGCCAUCUUGGCUGGCAGCUAUCAAUCACCCUCCCCCCCUCCAUGGAUUUGUCCCAUCCUCUUUUAGAGCCAUCCAGGUGGCUGGCCAUCCCUGCCUCCAGUGGCAGGCAGUUCCAUAGCCUAACUUUGUGCUGUGCGAAGAAGGAGUUUCUUCUGUCUGUCUGAACGAUUCCAGCACUCAGCAGCCUUGAGUGAAGAGAGGAGAGGGCCAAGGAAGGCUCCCAGCCACAAUGGCGCUGCUCAGCCUCUGCUGUCUGAGACAUCAGUGCUUCUGAAGACCAGUCGCCUGAAACCACAGGAGGGGAGAGUUGCUCUUGUGCCCGAAUCCUGCUUGUGGACUUCCCAUAAUGGGCAUCUGGUUGGGCCCUGUGAGAACAGGGCAGAGCCGUGGGCCUGAUCCAUAUGUUCAUAUGGCCUUUGGCUUGGAAUCAAUUUGAUUCCCUCCCCCUCUUUCCUUUUUCCUUUCUCCUUCUGUGUUGGAACUCCUUUUUGGGGACUUCCCUGGCUUUUUUCUGGCCCACGUAGGACCAGUCUGGAUAGUUAGCCUUCGUGAAGACUUGACGUUUUCAUCCCCAAAAAAGUUUUUGAUUGAGUUUCCACUGAAAUGAGGUUGCAUUUUAAUGUUGAGUUUUAAUCUUGUUUUUUAAGCUGUAUUUCAAUCAAUUGUUUUUAUAUUUGGUGUUAGCCGCCCUGAGCCCGGCCUUGGCUGGGGAGGGCGGGGUAUAAAUAAAAUUUAUUAUUAUUAUUGGCAGUCCCUGAGUUAUAGUGCUAGAUAAGAUGCUACAAUGGCAGCUGUAUUCGGGAGGGGCGUUAAGCCCUCGCAGAGGUGCAGGGAGGUGGGUGCUAAACCCUCAGAGGGAUCCGUACAUGCCUCUCACCCACACCUGCCUGUGGGACGUCCGUCUGGUCGUGUCCUCCCCCUGCAGGGUUCUGCAGCUGCUGUUUUGGGCUUCUUAGUUCCAGUUCCCCUGUGGAUGGAAGGAGAGGGGAUUUUUCUACCUGGCCCAGGUUCAGCAGCAGGCACAGAACAUUUCGCAACAGCCUGGUUCACCUUGUGUUGCCGCCGAAGACUGCGCUGGCAGCGGCACUCCCCUUCUCAAACCCUGCAGUUCUUACAACGCAGCACAGGACUGGGUUUAUCUUUUCAACCGGGAACCGGAACCCUGUUUAACUCCUGCUGUUGUUGCCCUCUCACUUGCCCCAGCCAAGAAGGCCAGCGGCCAAACAGCCUUCCACUCACGAGGCAGGAAACGCUAGCCAUCCCCUGAAGACCCAGCUGUCUCAGCAAGCGUGUUCUGUUCUGUUAUUUAUCGAUACUUUAUCAAUACUUGGCUGAACGUUUUGUUGAUGGCUUCUGUUUUCAACCGAUGUCUUUCCUUGCAAUUUUUGGUUUAAAAUGCUGCGUAAAAGCUAUAGAACUCCCUUUUGCAAGAGGCAGCAGCAAUGGCCACCAACUUAAAGGACCCCUGACCAUUAGGUCUGGUUGUGGCCGACUCUGGGGUUGCGGCGCUCAUCUCGCUUUAUUGGCCGAGGGAGCCGGCGUACAGCUUCCGGGUCAUGUGGCCAGCAUGACUAAGCCGCUUCUGGCGAACCAGAGCAGCGCACGGAAACGCCGUUUACCUUCCCGCCGGAGUGGUACCUAUUUAUCUACCGUACUUGAACUUUGACGUGCAGGAGCAGGUACCGAGCAUUGGGACUUCACCCCGUCGCGGACUUCUGAUCAGCAAGCCCAAGAGGCUCAGUGGUUUAACCCACAGCACUUUAAAAGAGGAUUAGGCAAAUUCAUGGAGGAGGAGGAGGAGGAGGGAGCUAUGGAGGUCUGCUAGCCUCAUUGGCUCUGCUCUGCGUCCACAGCUGGAGGCAGAAAUGCUUCUGAACACCAGUUAGUUGGAACCACAGGAUGGGAGAGAGUUGCUCUUGCGCUCAAAUCCUGCUUGCAGGUUUCCUGCAGGCAACUGUUCCGCCCCUGUGAGGACAGGAAGCUGCGCCGGGUCUUCUCACAUUCCUUUUUUCUUUAAAAAAAACAAAACCACCUUAACACAUUUCAUGCAAACCACUUAGGGAUUUUGCCUAUUAGGCGGUACAUAAAUAUUGGCAGCGGUGGCGGGGAUUGUCUUCACCUUUGCAAUAAUGAGCUUGUGAGGCAGGUCUCUCCACAAAGAGGAAACCGAGGCACCCUCUCCCUGGUGCCUGCACACAGAGCCUCAGCCGGUUGUAAUCCUACCCCGUCCUCCCGGCAUCGGAAGCAGCCCUCCCCCUCCAUCUGCUUUCCAAGGAGGCGGCUGGCGCUGGGCCACAGGUGCUGCGGGGCUGCUGCACUCCUGAAACCAGAGGAGGAGGAGAGCGGCAGUCAAGGUAUCCCAUUGCACCCAGCAGCUGCUGGCUGGCCUGGCCCCUGUCCCACUCUGGGAUCUCCUCUCCAGGCUGGCUUUCGGCCUCCUCUCGCUCAAGAAGCUCACAGAUCUCUCUCUCUCCUUGGCGGGUGUUCACUUGGGGUCUCCUGGCCACCAUGAGCUAGCAAGGUCCUUGAGCUCCCGCCAAGCCUCACCUCAAAAAGGGCAUUUGCAGAGUUGGAGAAGGCUCUGAAAAGAGCCACCAGAACGAAAGGGGUGCAGCGUUCAGGGCCCUUUAGCUUAGAGGGAAGGCAAGUAAGGGGCAGCAAGAUAGAAGUGUGUGAAAUUGUGCGUAGCAUUUUUAUUUUUAUUUUGAAUUAGGUUCCUACACCAUCAAAAGAUGUUAGGGCGAUUCACAAGAUAAAAGCACCAAUAUAUAAUUAAAGCAGAAAUAGCAAAACAGUACCUCCCUUAUCUCAUAGCAGGGAGAAAGUGGAUAGAGAAAGGCUUUUCUGGGGCAAUCCAGACAGACAGGCAGCGUACAAAUAACAAAAUUGUCAUUAAAUUUAUUUAAAACUAUUCUCCUCCCUCUCUCAUAAUGCCAGAAUUUGUGGGCACCCAAAUGAAGCUGAAUAGUGGAAGUUUCGGGGCAGAUGAAAGGAAGUUCUCCUUCACGCAGCGCAGAGUUAAACAGGGGAACUCACUUCCACUGGAAGAGGCAGCACGUGCCUCUGAAUCCCAGUUUCUGGAAACGGCAGACAGGGAGGAGAGUGGCUCUUGUGCUUCGCCUUAAGGGCAUCUGCCUGGCCCCUGUGAGAACAGGAUCCUGCGCCAGACGGGCCAUGGCCCUGAUCCGGCAGGCUCUUCACAUGUUCCUAAGCUCCUCCGGGGGGAGGGGGUCCUCCUUCCCCUCCCCUCACUGCCGUCAUGAAGGGGCUGCUGUCUUCAGUUGAGAUGGAGGAAUGGCGCCCCGUUCAGGUGCACCUUCCUCAAGGUGUCUCGGCCGAAGGUCUUUCUCAGAUCUGGAUCUGGCCCUCAGAGACGGAAGCGGCUCUUCCUUGCAGAUCUCCCCCCCCACACACCCUAAUGAGAAGCUAUUAAUACUGGCCUCCAGGGAUGUGUCCCACUGUCGGAGCAUAGCCCAGAUAGGGGAGGGCGGUCCUGCAAGGGUCCCAGAGGUGUGGCGCUGGGCCCAGGGCAGCUGCCUUCUUGGGGGCGGGGGGGGGGAGCCGUGGCAGGGCUGGACGUGCCCAAUGGAGGGGGGCAGCGGCCUCUGAACCAUUUCCCCAGGUGGACUUGCCUCCUUGUGCUGAGGUGAGGCACGAGUAUCAUAAGAACAUCACCACCAUCAUCUAUUUAUUUACUUAAAUUCGUAUACCUAAGCGGCCUAGGACCCUCGUACCUACGGGACUGGUUCUCCUGGUACGUCCCUCGGAGGACCUUUUGGUCUCCAAACAAAAACAUCUUGGAGGUCUCGGGCCACAGGGAGGUUAGCCUGGCCUCAACCAGAGCCAGGGCCUUUUCGGCCGUGGCCCCGAUCUGGUGGAACGCUCUGCCACAAGAGACUAGGGCCCUGCGGGACUUGACAUCUUUCCGCAGGGCCUGCAAGACAGAGCUGUUCCACCAGGCCUUUGGCCGAGGCACAGCCUGACCCCUUCCUUUGGCAAUCCUCACAGAACUCUAGCACAAUGGUUGCCAUUAAUUUGACUUGAAUUGAUUUUAGAAUGAAUUGAUUUUAGAAUGCUGUGUUACUUUUAUUGUUGUUAGCCGCUCUGAGCCUGGCUUUGGCUGGGGAGGGCGGGAUAUAAAUAAAAAUUUUUUAUUAUUAUUAUUAUUAUUAUUAUUAUUAUUAUACUUCCCCAUAGCCACAGGUCUCAGUGUGUUUCACAGGAUAAAAUCGCAAUAUAAAAUCACAAAAUACAUGAUCAAAACAAAAGCAACCCAAUUAACAACACACCCCCCAACACAUUUUAAAUGGGCAUUGGGUGUCAGUCAACCAAAGGUUUGGUUGAACAGGAAAGUUUUUGCCUGGCGUCUGAAUAUAUGCAAUGAAUCUUAACACCCCCACCCCUCUCCCUCCACAGGAUCCUGCUGGAAUAUUUGAACUGGUGGAGGUGGUCGGCAAUGGAACGUAUGGACAGGUGUACAAGGUAAGCAGGGAGGGACCCUCCAAUGUCUGCUUUUAAACCUCCAAGGAAAGAGAGUCCACAAUGUUUCGUGGGAGUCUCUUCCACUGGCCCUCACUGUCAGAAAGUUCUUCCUGAUGGCUUGGUCGGAAUCUCCUUUCUUGUAUAUUGAAGCCUCUAGUUCGAGUCCUGCCCUCUGGAGCAGGAGAAAAACAAGCUUCCUCCCUCUUCCAUGGGGCAGCCCUUGAGAUAGUUGAAGAUCGCUAUCCUGUCUCCUCUCAGUCUCCACCUUCCCAGGCUGAGCAUACCCAACUCCCUCAACCGUUCCUCAUAAGGCUUGCUUCCCAGACCCUUGAUCGUCUCGGUCUCCCUCCUCUGCACACCUUCCAGCUUGUCAACAUCCUUCUAGAAUUGUGGUGCCCAGAACUGGACACAGGACUCCAGGUGUGGUUCUGAUCAAGGCAGAACGGAGCGGCACUAUUCCUUCCCUUGAUCUGAGCACCAGACUUCUGUGGACGCAGCCUAAAAUAGCAUUUGCCUUUUUUGCCGCUGCAUCACACCAUCAGCUCUUUUAAGCAUCCUUACCUGCUCCAGGGGUGCUUAGGACUUGGCACCUUCAAAUCGCCACGUAGCCCAAGUGGGAAGGACUCCCAGGGGCCCUUUGGUUGACACCCACCCCUGUGGGACAAGACCCUUUCUUUCCCCCCCGUUCCCUAUAUCAGCCCUGCAGCCAAGUUCCCAAGAGGGCAGGUGCAAAGAGGGAGCGUUGGGGAUGGGGCCCCCAGGCCUGUUUCCUGCAUUCGAGCUUAGUGAGCGUGCUUUUGAGCGUGUGCAGAGGGCUUUCCCCUCACUGCUGAGCUGCCCCCGACAGCCGGUCCUAGGGUGGGACUGGGAGGCUGUAUGUGCAGAGGUCCGUUUUCCAGGCUUGCAGAGCUUCUCUCCUGAGCAGUGCAGCCUUGCUGUCCCUGCAGUCGCUGCAUCCUUGUUCCUAUGGGAACCAGCAGUCGGCACGUUUUCCCUCUGCAAGCUCCCCACCCCAAUUUCUCGAAUUCAGUCCAUGUGUGUACACACACACACACACACACACAAAAAUGAACACCUGGAGGGACAAGAGCGGGAGAGCGAACUGCUUGUUUCCCUGGGCCCCCUCCCCUCCAUCAGGGCAGGAAGGCCUUGUCAGAAGCGGAGACAAGGAAGGGGGGGAGUCGGAGGCUGCCCCUCCCCCCUGUCCCCCACCUUGCCAUGCCUUUCCCUUUGAACACACCGCCUGACAGGUUGGGGAAGGGAGUCUGCCUGUGAUCUUGGCAACGCUGAUCUCUCCCUCUGGCUGCUCUUUCCCUUUGACGGCAAACCUGUUUUCUAGGGUGGGUGGGUGUGUCUGUGCGAGGGGUGGGUGGGCUUCAGUCAGGCUGUCUGGAAGCAAAGAGGACAGGUGGUGCUUCCGGCAGACGUAGCCCACCUUCAAAGAGGAUUUGCACAGACACUCCCCCCCAACACCAAGAUCCUCCACCUGGAGAACCCGGCCAUUCGCGGGGCCAAAAGAUCUCCAUUCUCUCUCUUCCCACCCAGAGUUUUGAAACAGGGAAAGCCAGGCACUCCUGCGCAAAUUAAGCCAGGACGCAGUUCUUAUUCCCCACUUCUCUUGCAAAAAUCUAAGCCCAGGCUGCCGUCCUCCUCCUGGGUCACCUGGCCCUUGGGUAGCAGCAGGUGAGGCAUUGCCAACUGACCUCCGUCUCUCCCGUCUCCCCCUCUCUCCACGCCCAGGAGAGGCUCAGAGGGUGUACCAGAUCAUUCUGUUCGCACAGCAGCGAUUUUUAUUUUAUUUGGGGAGGGAUGGGGGAAAGAGAAGAGAGGCUUUUCAGUGCCUCUCUGAAAGGAAGAGGGAGGCGGUUGCCAGGCAACGGCUGCCCACGCGUGAGGCUGCAUGGCACCACAGACAAUGCCAGCACAUGGCUGAGGGCAAGCGGGGAAGUGGCGGUGGGGGGGGGGGUGGAGAGGGAGAGGCUUUGCAGAAACACUUCGCAGCUCUCCCUGUCCUUCUCCCCAGCCCCCAAUAGUGCUCAAAUAGCCCCCACAUGGCGAUGGAGGAGAUGCCAGGGGGACUGGAGAGGGCCAUGGAGGAUGCCAACACGUGUGGGUUGUGGAGGAGGCCUAUGGGGUGUGUUUGUGGAUGUGGUGAAAGGUCCUAGCAGGGCAGUAAGCCACAAAAACUGGUGGAGUGUGGGGGGGGAGGCUGUAUUUCUGCAUUGCAGGGGGUUGGACUGGAUCACCCUUGGCAUCCCUUCCAAGUCUACAGUUCUGUGAUUCUUCCCCUUUGCCCCCCCCCAGUAAAGUAUUAGCCCCCCAAGGUUUGUCCUUCAAAUAGCGUGUGUGCACCAUAUCUCAUGUGGGGUGUGGCUUACCUCCCCCCCCAUAUUUGAUUCAGCUUGGCACCCCUGUUUCCACCACCCCACUGUCCUUUCUGCUACUGGUGAAGAUCUGGGUGCUUUGACGGGCCCUUCUGCUCUGUGGGUCUCUGACCUGCCCUCAAAGUUGCCCAUUGGUGCUUGGGAUCACAGGGGUCAUUGCAGGCCCCUGCCCCAUGACCUGCAUCCCCUCCCUCCCUCUAGCUUGCUGUCUGUUGUCUUCAAGCUCGGUCUCUUUCCCUCCCCCCUCCUGUUAAUGCAACUUGGGGCAGUACCGCUCAGUGAGGCUAUAAGAGGAAUUUGCCGGCUGAGGCCAGUGCCCCGUUUGGCUCACAGGGGCUGAACAGCAGCCUGUGGGGAACCUGCAUGCGGGACCCAGGCAUAAGACAACCUGGCGAGGCAGCAAUAAAACGGCUGGCACAUUUGCAAAGCUAAGCAGGGUCUGGUAUGGUUUCAGAUUGAAUGGGAGACCAUGCGUCGAGAUUCCUGCAUUGCAGGGGGUUGGACUAGAUGACUGGGGGGGGGUCCCUUUCAACUCUUACGAUUCUCUGGACGCCCAGAAACUGGUACUCGGAAGCAUUGCUGCCUCUGAUUGCUUGGCAUGCAGAAGGUCCCAGGUUCACUCCCCAGUGGCGGCAUCUCCUGGCAGGGCUGGGAGAGACCCCCUGUUUGAAGCCCCACAGCGUAGCUGCUGCCAGCCAGUGUAGACAGCACAGAGUAAGGUGCCUCCCAGGGUCUGACUCCACACAAGGCUGCUUUUUAGGUUCAUUAUGUGCAAUCCAACCCCCCACUUUAUCUUCUCAACAACCAGCAGAGAUGCUUAAGUACAUCAGGUUCACCCUGCAAGCUUUGUGGCUGAGGGGGAUUUGGAGCCAGAGACCCCCGAGCCUGAUGAGUUUGAGCUCAUCUAGCCUCACCCCCCUGCAAUCAGCGGUCAUGUCUUGCCCUCUGACCGGCAAUUUGUGUCUCCCCCUGACCCACAACAGCUGAGCUUGCGGGGCGAGGCAUACAGUUCGAGACUCCUAGAACUGUGGAGUUGGAAGGGACCCCCAGAGGCCAUCUAGUCCAACCCCCUGCCAUGCAGGCGUCGCAGCUAAGGAAUCCUUGACAGGUGGCCCCCCUACCCUUGCUUAAAAGCCUCCACUGAAGCAGAGUCUGCCCCCUCCUGAGGGAGUCCGUUGCGCCGUUGCGCAGCUCUUGCCUUCAGAAAGUUCCUCCUGAUGUUCAGUCAGAAUCACCUUGCUUGCCAUUUGAAUCCGUUGGUUCGGGUCCUCCCCUCCGGGGCAGCAGGAAACAAGCUUGCUCCCUCUUCCAUGGGGCAGCCCUUGAGAUAUCUGAAGAUGGCCAUCGUGUCUUCUCUCCGCCUCCUCUUUCCUGGGUGAAGCAUCCCCAACUCCCUCAACUGUUCCUCUUAAGGCUUGCUUUCCAGACCAUGUCCUUCUCUUUGUGGAAGGACCUCUCUGCUUGGGGGUGUUGAGGGGUUUGUCCUCUGUGUGUGUGUGUGUGUGUGUGUGUGUGUGUGUGCGCGCGCGCGCGCCUUGGGGCUUGGUUUCUGCUCCCUUUCCUGUCCUUGGAUAAUUUGCUAAUUUUUUUUCAUUACAAUUUGUUUUAAUAUCUCUUCCUUUUUCCUCUCUCUUGUUCCUUUUUGAAUUGAAUUCUGCUGUAUCCAAAAUCCACAGAAACUGCAAACUGGCUUGGUGUGAUGCUCCCUUUCCUGUCCUGAUGAGUCCCAGCCAUCCUUUUCAGCCCCUCCAUUUUGGGGGGGGGGGGUGUCUGAUCAGGCAGAGGGGCUUCGCUUGGCCAGGCCUCUGGCUCCCUCUGCUGGGCCCGUGCUGCAAGGAUCUGGGGAGUGAAGCCCUUCACAAACACACCCCACCACCCCAAGUACAUAGGGCUAUCCACGCUUCCCAGCCAAAACCAAUCAGGUCUCUGCCCCCCAGGCGCUUGCAGUCUAAAAGCAGAGCAACCCAGAGAGGUCCAUGUUGACAUUGCCUCCUUCUCUUCUCUCUCCUUCUCAGGGUCGCCAUGUCAAGACGGGGCAGUUGGCCGCUAUCAAAGUCAUGGACGUGACGGAGGUACAGUACAGCAGGAGGGGGCUUGGGGGUGCUCGGUUGGCCUCCCCCCGCCCCAUUUCUCGGCCGGGCUGCCAGCUGGGGGGGAAGGCGCAGGCCAGGAGAUGACCACGCCUGCUCUGGCAGCAGCCCUAGCAAAGGGUGGCUGUUCUCGAGAUAAUUCUGAGUGGGGGGGUGUGGCUCUGGCCUCCUCUUGACACCACCUCUCCCUCCCCCCCCCAAAAAAAAGGACGAAGAGGAAGAGAUCAAGCAAGAGAUCAACAUGCUGAAGAAGUACUCUCACCACCGCAACAUCGCCACUUACUACGGGGCCUUCAUUAAGAAGAGUCCCCCCGGGAAUGACGACCAGCUCUGGGUAAGGAGGAGGGGGAAGUGAGGCUCAGGGGGUGGAGUUGGGAGGGGUCUGCUGGAGCCCAGGACCCCCUUAGGAAACCCUUGCAUCUGCAAGGCUGUGACUGGCCCCUGGGGGAGUCCUGGGGGACACCUUUUGGGGUCUGUGUGUAAGUAUCUUGAUUUUUUUUGUGCUGCUUGUUUCUGUUCUGUUCUUUUUUUAAAAAAAAAUAGUAUUUAUUAAGGUUUUAAGUUUACAAAAAGGCAAAAGAAAACAGAAAAAACACAAAAUUAAACAAUAACAAAACAACACAUCACAAUAAAAAACAGAAAAAACAAAAACACUUAAAAACAAAAAAAGACAAAAAAAGACAAAUCGAGCCUUCCCAUAACUUAUCUUUCAUUUUUUUUAUAAUAUAUUUAUUGAAAUUUUCAAAAUAUUACAAAAUAAGAAUAAAAAAGAAAAGAAAAAUACAAAUAAAAAUAGUUAAAAACAACUCAAUCUUUCCAUUACUUAUUUUUCAUUAGCUUGUUUCCCGGACCUCCUCACGCCUCCCUUUUUUGUAUUCCAGUUCGGUUUGUUGGUUCAGCAAAUCCUUCCCCUCUUUGUUUAUCCAAAUCUUAAAUCUUAAAAUAUUGUAACGUUAAAUUUUUACCUGUCAGUAAACCAUUUUUCAUAUUCCCUUAUAGUAUUACAGCUAGAAACCACUUACUUUCUAUCCAACAUCAUUCUAACAUUCAUUAAUUUUACAAUAUUUCUGUAAAUAGGCUUUAAAUUUCUUCCAAUCUUCUUCCACCGACUCUUCUCCUUGGUCUCGGAUUCUGCCCGUCAUUUCUGCCAGUUCCAUAUAGUCCAUCACCUUCAUCUGCCAUUCUUCCAGAGUGGGUAGAUCUUGUGCUUCAAUGGUCUUCCAAUACUUUGCAAUGAGUAUUCUUGCUGCUGUUGUGGCAUACAUAAAAAGUUCUGUCCUUCUUUGGCACCAAUUGGCCUACAAUGCCCAGGAGAAAGGCCUCUGGUUUCUUCAGAAAGGUAUAUUUAAAUACCUUUUUCAUUUCGUUAUAGAUCAUUUCCCAGAAAGCCUUAAUCCUUGGGCAUGUCCACCAAAGGUGAAAGAAUGUACCUUCAGUUUCUUUACAUUUCCAGCAUUUAUUAUCGGGCAAGUGAUAAAUUUUUGCAAGCUUGACUGGUGUCAUGUACCACCUGUAUAUCAUUUUCAUAAUAUUCUCUCUUAAGGCAUUACAUGCCGUGAACUUCAUACCUGUGGUCCAUAACUGUUCCCAGUCAGCCAUCAUUAUGUUAUAUCUUUCAUUUGCUUGUUUCCCUGACCUCCUCACACCUCCCUUUUUUGUAUUCUAAGUCAAUUAUCCAUUUCAGCAAAUCCUUUCCCUCUCUUCAAAAUUCUUAUCCUGAAAAUUUAUCUUGAUCUUAAUAUAAGUUUACUUUCCAUCUUUUCACCAAUUAACAGUCUAUUUUUCUUAAAUCUUUUAUACAUUUUUGCUAAAAUCACAUAGAUUCAUUCCAACAUCAUUCUAACAUUCAUUAAUUUUACAAUGUUUCUGUAAAUAGUCUUUAAAUUUCUUCCAAUCUUCCUCCACCGACUCUUCUCCCUGGUCUCGGAUUCUGCCAGUCAUUUCCGCCAGUUCCAUAUAGUCCAUCACCUUCAUCUGCCAUUCUUCCAGAGUGGGUAGAUCUUGUGUCUUCCAAUACUUUGCAAUAAGUAUUCUUGCUGCUGUUGUGGCAUACAUAAAGAAAGUUCUGUCCUUCUUUGGCACCAAUUGGCUGACCAUGCCCAGGAGAAAGGCCUCUGGUUUCUUCAGAAAGGUAUAUUUAAAUACCUUUUUCAUUUCAUUAUAGAUCAUCUCCCAGAAAGCCUUAAUCCUUGGGCAUGUCCACCAAAGGUGAAAGAAUGUACCUUCAGUUUCUUUACAUUUCCAGCAUUUAUUAUCGGGCAAGUGAUAAAUUUUUGCAAGCUUGACUGGUGUCAUGUACCACCUGUAUAUCAUUUUCAUUAUAUUCUCUCUUAAGGCAUUACAUGCCGUGAACUUCAUACCUGUGGUCCAUAACUGUUCCCAGUCAGCCAUCAUAAUGUUAUGUCCAACAUCUUGUGCCCAUCUAAUCAUAACAGAUUUCACCGUUUCAUCCUGAGUAUUCCAUUUCAACAGCAAGUUAUACAUCUUUGACAAAUUCUUAGUUUUGGGGUCUAACAAUUCAGUUUCCAAUUUUGAUUUUUCCACCUGGAAGCCAAUUUUUUUAUCCAAAUUAUAUGCCUCCAUUAUCUGAUAAUAAUGAAGCCAAUCUCGCACUCUAUUUUUUAAUUUUUCAAAACUCUGCAGUUUUAAACUGUCUCAUUCUAGUUCCAAAAUAUCCCAAUAUUUCGCCAUUUAGCCUCCAUAUUGAGCUUUUUCUGAGCCUUCGCUUCCAUUGGUGACAGCCACCUUGGGGUUUUAUUCUCCAGCAAAUCCUUAUAUCUUAUCCAAACAUUAAACAGUGCUUUUCUGACAAUAUGGUUUUUAAACGCUUUAUGUGCUUUGACCUUAUCAUGUUUCUGUUCUGUUCUGUUCUGCCCAGAGUGACGGGGGCAAGCCAGUCUGAUGAGCGGCAUAUAGAUAAUAAAUUAUUAUUAUUUAAACCCCAAAAGCAAAUUUACCAAAAAAAAAUAAAACAAUAAAAUUAUCAAUGUGUGUUUGGGUAUCUAUUUAUUUCAUGAUGUGUUUUCACCACUUGAUUGCAACCCCCUCCAAAAAAAAAAACCCACCUCAGGGCAGUUUACAAAAACAGAUAAAACAGUGAAAUUUUCACUAAACAAUUACAGUAAUAGCAAUCAUUUAAGGCUUUUGAAAAGUUAAAAUUAGCAAUAGGCCAAAAACAGACUGAAGCCCAUGCUGGCUUUCUGAAUGUUUGGGCAGGCUUGUCUAAACCAGGAUGUUUUGGGUACAGCGAAGGAGCCUUCCUGUUAUCAAGAGGCGAAGUCUGUGGAUGCUGCCGCGCUAAAAUAUCAAGUUCUUGCAAAAGCGGAACAGGGAUUGUGUCACACCCUGCGACAGGGCCAGUUCUGCAGACCAAAGAGCUCAAGUGGGGUCUUUGGGAUGUUGGUCAAGGGAGAUCUUGGGGUGGGGAGAGGUGGGAUGGCGACUUCCGGGUUACCGCCAUCGGCAGUGGCGGAGUUCCUCUGACCGAGAGGAACCCGCUCCGUGAAAAUCGGGUCUUGCCGCCGCGGCGAAGGCGGAGACCCUCUAAAAAUCCCAGGCGGAGGAAGCCUGGGAACGUGGGAUUCGGCUGACACCAGGAGCGCCUCCCCUACUCGCAGGGAAACCCUUUUUCGGGGAUCCAAAGUGACGUGGGGUGAGUGGCGCGGUGUUUUGAAUCAACUGCUACUUUUACGGAGUGAAGCCGCACAGCCGUUGUCGGAGAGCGCUGACUUUUUCCUGUGGACAAUUGGACUCUAAACAAGUACCCGUGAGUAGAAUGGAAAAUUGGAUUAAGAAACAUUUUAAUUUGGCACUGAAGCGGAAAGGCUCUAAACAGGAAGUCUGUCUCCCAUUUUUGUAAAUAGAUUGAAGCAAAAACUUUGUAAGCUAAAGUCUGGAAAGUCGUAUAUAAAGGUCUAAAUUUCCUUCAUUCACCACCACCAAAACCCCUCUUGGAAGCAGGAGAAAAGGGGGGGAAUUUUUGACUGUUUAAGCCUGCAGGAGAGAGAGUAAAGAAAGAUAAAUUUCCACCGUCUCAAACCUGGGAACGGGGGGUCAGAGACAGAAAUUUAUGGGGAAGUUCAUCGACUGUGAAUGGAAUGUCUUUUGACAGAUAGUUAAAAAAGAGAAACAAAUUGACUCCAAUGUUGCCUUUUGCAUUCAAAAGAAACAAAAUAUUUGAAAAAUGAAAGUAAUUUCCUUUUGUUGGUCCUGCUUUCAAAAGAUGGAUACAAAUAGAAAUUGUCUCCUCUAGAGGGAGCUUGUUAAUUUGUUGCUGGAGUCGAUCUGGGGAUUUCACAGCUGUAAGAAUAGGAUCGUGAGACCAGACUCUGACCUUGAAUAAAAAUGUGUUUAGAAGAAGCUUUGGUGCUUGAUUUUUGCAAGACAAGUGCUUUGCUGGAGCAGAUGCAUGAGAAGAUGGAUUUGAUGACUGUUGCAGUUAAAAACUUUGGACAAACGGCGAAUACUCAUAUAGAAACCAUUCAGGAACCAGCCCAGGAACUUUUUUUUUUUAUAUAUAUAAUAUUUAUUGGUUUUACAAAAAUUCCAAAACAUACAAAAAUACAGGAUUUCAAAGACAAAAAACAACAAUAAUGGGUGACAAAAGGAAAACAAAAAAUAACAGUAACCAUAAAAAGCAAAACAGAAAAAUUUAAAAGUUUAUACUUUCAUUUAACCUUCUUAUCUUUCCUUGGUUCUUUGACUUCCCCGCACCUCCCCACUUGUAUUUCCUUUUAGAAACUCCUUUCAGCAAAUCCUUACCCUCCUUCCUUUAUCUUAACUCAAGAAACUUAAUCUAUUUAUAUAUAGAUAUUUUUACAACCUUAUCAAUCAAAUAUUCCAUACUCUUAAACGCGAGGCUUUUGCCAAUACCAAUUAUUUUCAAUCAGACCUCAAUUUAACAUUCAUUAAUUUUAUAGUAUUUCUGUAGAUAGUCUUUAAAUUUCUUCCAAUCUUCUUCCACCGACUCUUCUCCCUGGUCACGGAUUCUGCCAGUCAUUUCCGCCAAUUCCAUAUAAUCGAUUACCUUCAUCUGCCAUUCUUCCAGAGUGGGUAAGUCUUGUGUCUUCCAAUACUUUGCGAUAAGUAUCCUUGCUGCUGCUGUUGCAUACAUAAAGAAAGUUCUAUCUUUCUUUGGCACCAAUUGGCCAACAAUGCCCAGGAGAAAGGCCUCUGGUUUCUUUAAGAAGGUAUACUUAAAUACCUUUUUCAACUCAUUAUAUAUCCUUUCCCAGAAGGCCUUAAUCUUUGGGCACGUCCACCAAAGGUGAAAGAAUGUACCUUCAGUUUCAUUACAUUUCCAACAUUUAUUAUCGGGCAAAUGGUAGAUUUUUGCAAGCUUGACUGGGGUCAUGUACCACCUGUACACCAUUUUCAUUAUAUUCUCUUUUAAAGCAUUACAUGCUGUAAACUUCGUACCUGUGGUCCAUAACCGUUCCCAGUCAGCAAACAUAAUGUUAUGUCCAACAUCCUGUGCCCAUUUAAUCAUAGCAGAUUUUACCGUUUCAUCCUGAGUAUUCCAUUUUAGCAGCAAGUUAUACAUUCUUGAAAGUGUUUUAGUUUUGGGAUCUAACAGUUCUGUUUCCAACUUUGAUUUUUCCACCUGGAAGCCAAUUUUUCUAUCCAAAUUAUAGACCUCUCUUAUUUGGUAAUAAUGCAACCAGUCUCGCACUCUAUCUUUUAGUUUUUCAAAACUCUGCAAUUUGAAUUUAUCUCCUUCUUGUUCCAAGAUCUCCCAAUAUUUUGGCCACUUGGCCUCCAUAUUGGACUUUUUCAGGGCCUUUGCCUCCAUUGGUGAUAGCCACCUUGGGGUUUUAUUCUCCAAUAAGUCUUUAUAUCUUAUCCAGACAUUGAACAAUGCUUUCCUGACAAUAUGGUUUUUAAAUAUUUUGUGAGCUUUAACCUUGUCAUACCACAAAUAUGCAUGCCACCCAAACACAUUAUUGAAACCUUCUAAGUCCAAAACAUCAGUAUUUUCCAGAAGUAACCAAUCCUUCAACCAGCAGAAAGCUGCUGAUUCAUAAUAAAGUUUAAAGUCUGGCAGGGCAAAUCCCCUCUUUCUUUAGCAUCAGUCAAUAUUUUAAAUUUUAUCCUGGGCCUCUUGCCCUGCCAGACAAACUUAGAGAUAUCUCUCUGCCACUUCUUAAAACAAUCCAUUUUGUCUAUUAUUUGUAUCGAUUGAAACAAAAACAGCAUUCUUGGCAAUACAUUCAUCUUGAUGACAGCAAUUCGACCUAACAAGGAAAGCUUCAAAUUUGUCCAUAUUUCUAAAUCCUUUUUAAUGUCCGACCAACACUUUUCAUAAUUGUCUUUAAAUAAAUUCCCAUUUUUAGCUGUCAUAUGAAUCCCCAAGUAUUUCACUUUUUUAACCACUGUUAAACCUGUCUCAUUCUGAAACCCCUCUAUUUCAAUCGGUGUUAAAUUCUUCUCAAGUACUUUAGUUUUAAACUUAUUCAGCUUAAAACCUGCCACCUGACCAAACUCUUGAAUCAGUUCUAAUGCUCUUUUCGUACUAGAUUCUGGCUCCUGUAAUGUCAAUACAAGGUCAUCUGCAAAUGCUUUCAGUUUGUAUUGUUUCGCUCCGACCGUUAUACCCUUAAUCAAAUGGUCCCUUCUUAUCAUAUUUAACAAAACCUCCAGAACAGAAAUAAAAAGUAAUGGGGAAAUUGGGCAGCCUUGUCGUGUCCCUUUCUCUAUCUUAAUUUCCUCUGUUAUCACAUUAUUAACUAUUAAUUUAGCUUUUUGUUCUGAAUAAAUUGCAUUUAUACCAUUUUCAAACUCUUGGCCUACCCCCAUCCCCUGGAGAUUUUUCUUCAUAAAGCUCCAAGAAAUAUUAUCAAAGGCUUUCUCUGCGUCCACAAAAAUCAAAACUGCUUUAGUAUUAAUCUCCUCUUGCAGCUUCUCCAGAAUAUCAAUUAUAUUCCUUGUAUUGUCCGAAAGAUGUCUAUCUGGAAGAAAGCCAGCUUGGUCCUUAUGAAUCACUCCUUUUAGCACUUUUUAAGCCUUUUUGCUAAAAUGUCAGCAAAAAUUUUGUAAUCCACAUUUAACAGGGAUAUGGGCCGAUAGUUCUUAAGCUGUGUCUUUUCAGUCUCAGACUUUGGUAUAAGUGUAAUAAAUGCGUCCUUCCACGACUCUGGCGCUCUUUUCCCCUCUAAAAUUUCAUUGCAAACCUCAGUUAAUGGUCGAAUUAGCCAGUCUUUCAAAGUUCUGUAAUAUUUUGAGGUUAAACCGUCCGGUCCUGGAGAUUUUCCCAACUGCAUAUUCUGAAUGGCACCUUCAACCUCCUGUUCUGUAAUUUUAUAAUUCAGCAAUAUCUUGUUAUCCUGAGAGAUUUUUGUAAUCCAUUGGUUUUCAGAAAUUGCUCUAUUUCAAAUUCUUUCUGAGGCCCUUGUGUGUAUAAUUGUUUAAAAUAUCUCUGGAAGCAUUUCCUAAUUUCUUCUGGAUUCUGGAUAUUUUUCCCUUCCACUUCCAAAUUAGUAAUAGUAUUAAGUUUUUGUCGUUUCUUCAACUGCCAAGCCAGCAGUUUCCCACAUUUAUUUGCCGAUUCAAAAGUCUUUUGUCUCAUUUGUUUAAUUUUCCAUUCCACUUCUUGAUUUAUCAAUUUCAUAUACUGCACUUGGUACAAUUUUAUUUCCCUCAGAAUCUCUUGUGAAUUGGGCUUCACUCUCAGUUUCUUCUCGCCCUCCUUUAUUUUUUCCAAAAUUUUUUCUUUCUUUACAUUUUGGGCCCUCUUCUUAACUGAAUUCUGUUGAAUCAGGAAGCCCCUCAUAACAGCUUUACUUGCAUCCCAGAUUAUUCUUUUUUCUACAGCUGUAUUCAAGUUUAUCUCAAAAUAGUCUCUCAAUGUCUUUUGGGCCUUCUUAAUCACCUCUUGAUCUCUAAACAAGGUGUCAUUCAUCCUCCAUCGGAAGGAACCAGUAGAUGUUAACUUCAUCUCCAUUCUCACGGCGUUAUGGUCGGAGCAUGUUUUUGGACAGAUCUCUACCUUCCUAACCUUAGGUGCCAGUCCUCUAGUAGUCCAGAUUUGGUCAAUUCUUGUCCAUGUCUUUUGGGCUUCAGAAAAAAAGGUUCCUUCUCUAUCAAGGGGAUUCCUAGUUCUCCAAAUGUCAAUCAAAUCCAUAUUGUCAGUUAAUUCAAAGAAUGUUUUCGGUAGUCUGCCAUCUUUAGUGACUACCUCUCUUUGUGACUUGUCCAUAUUUGUGGAAACCACCCCAUUCAUAUCUCCCAUAAAAACAGUGUUAUAGUCCAUAUAGUCCAUCAAGAUCUCAUGCAACUUUUUGUAAAAUAUAGAUUUCCCCUCAUUUGGUGCAUAUAAGCCUACUAUCAACAAUUUUUCUCCUUGUGCUUGAAUUUCAAUUGCUAUGAAUCUUCCUUGUUCAUCCUUAAAGACGAAUUUUGGUGAGAGGCUCUCCUUUGCGUAAAUAACCACUCCUCGUUUUUUAACUUUAUCUGAUGAAAUAAAUUCUUGACCCAAUCUCUUAUUAAUCAAUAUUUUCCUAUGGAGCCUCGUCACAUGGGUUUCCUGUAGGCAGAUUAAGUCCAAUUGUUCUUUUUUAAGUAUAUGAAAUACUUUCCUCCUUUUUCCGGAGAGUUUAGACCACAAACAUUCCAAGUUAAAAGUUGCAGAGCCAUGAUGAUUUCUUUAUUUUCCUCCAACUGCUCCCAAUAACUCUUCUUCCUCUGUUGGUGGUUUCGCCUUCUCUGUCUUAUCCUCUCCCAACGGUGGUAGUGUAAGAUCCAAUCCUGGUAAAGGGGCUUUUGGCUCCUCCCCCAAUCCUUUUGUAGGUCCUCUUGAUAGUCUCUCAAAAGUUCUGUUUCUCCUCCACAGAUUUUAUUUUAAUUUUCUUGCCUUUAAAACUGAAAGAUAGGCCUUGAGGGAAUUCCCACCUGAAAAAUUCUGUUUCCUCUCAGCAGCGUCACCAGGUCCCGAUAGUUGGACCUAAGCUCCAAAAGGAGCUUUGGAAUGUCUUUAAAUAUUUCUAUCCUUGAGUCUUGUAUUAUCAGUGUAUUUCGGUAGUGUAAACUCAAAAUUUUAUCUCGUUCCUCCUUAGAUCGCAAGGUAAUCAGGCAGUCUCUCACUCUGUUCUUUCUUGCUCCUCUUCCAAGCCUGAAAGCAGACGUUAUCUUGAAAUCUUCCUUAUCGUUCAAUUGCCAAAAAUUGGCAAAUUCUUGUGUCAAAAAGUCUACCAGGCUCUCUUUCUCAAUCUCAGGUACUGCUCUGAUCCUUAAAUUGGUCUGUUUCUCCUUUAGCUCAAGGACAGAUAGCAAUUCCUGGUGCGUCAGCCCAGGAACUUGUUUUGACAGGGCAAGCGCAAGUGCAGAAGAAAAUGGAGGAGGUUGCUGUUGAACCUCAAGUAACACAAAUGGAGAGAUCCGAGGCCUUGCAGGAGCAUAAGCCGCUGUUCUUGAAGUUUGAAUCUGGAGUGGACCAGGGGGGGUCUGGAGUUGUGAGGGCUCUUAAUUUUGGAAGGACUUUGAAACAUGCUUUUAAAUAUUUCCUGGAUUACAAUGUUGACUAUGGGGAAUGGGACUGUGGGGAAUGGGCUGAUCUGCUGAGGGGAGAUGGAGAUAUUUUUGGAUUGGAGUCCUCCCGAGACCUACCCCCCAAUGAGAAAGGAAAGAAAUUAAGAAAAAGAUCAAUAAAAGACAAAGUAAAGUGCAGGUAUAAACAAGAAGAAGAUCUGCAGAAGGGACAUGGAAAAGACUUAAGAGCCUUGGACAUAAGAUCACCAGGUUGAUGGACUAGAUGGAAUGGACAAGAAGGACUGACAAUACCCGAGACCAGGAAGAAGAGACGUUGGAUGAAGAUUGGAAGAAAGUUUUUUAAAAAAAAUUAUUUUGAGAAUUAGUGUAAAAUUAAUGAGUAUUAGGAAAAAUGUUGGAAUGAAACUAUUUGGCUUUAGUAGAAAUGAUAUAAGGAGUUAUGUACAAAUAAGUAUUAAGUUUUAAGGUUUAAGGUUUUUUUUAUGGUAAGAUAAGGAUAAAUAAAUUAAGGUAAAUUGAAUGACAGAAUAUAGUGAAAGAUGGAAAGGAUUUGCUGAAACAAUUAAUUAAAUUAGAAUGCAGAAAGGGAGGUGUGAGGAGGUCGAUGAAACAAGUAAAUGAAAAAUAAAGAUAUGGAACAUUGGAUGUGUGUUUUAAUGUUAUUGUGGUUUUUUUGGUGUGUUUUUUUGCUGUAUUGUGGUAUUGUUUUUAUGCUUUUCCUUUUAUGUAUUGUAAUGUAUGUUUUGUCAAAUUUUUUGUUGUUUUCUUUUUCUCUUUUUUCUGUAAUUCUUAAACUUUUAAUAAAUAUCAUUUAAAAAAAAAAAGAGAGAGGUGGGAUGGCAUAGGGUGUUCCCCCUUUGCCUGCCCCUGCCUGGAAGGCUUCAGAGCUUCUCUUUCCCUGUCCCCCCCCCCCACAACUGCUCUGGUCUUUUGUCUCCCUGCAGCUGGUGAUGGAGUUUUGUGGCGCAGGCUCCGUGACAGACCUGGUGAAGAACACCAAAGGCAACGCCCUGAAGGAGGACUGCAUCGCCUACAUCUGCCGGGAGAUCCUCAGGGUGGGUGGGCAGAAAAGAGGAUCUGCUGGAGGGGGGGGCAGCCUUUGGGCAGCCGUGUGUGUGUGUGUGCUACAGAAGCUGUGUCCUGGCUGGGGCACCGGGGACCCCCCCCCUCACGCCUGUCUUCUCUCUCCCUGCAGGGGCUGGCCCACCUCCAUGCACACAAGGUCAUCCACCGAGACAUCAAGGGCCAGAACGUCCUCCUCACUGAGAACGCGGAGGUGAAGUUAGGUAGGUGAAGGGAAGAUACACAACACACACACCCCUACCCACAUUCAUUCCUUCAGUCCCUGUCUGCAUUUAUUUCUUUCCCUGCCUUUAUACCCCACCUUUUUCUCAAGGCAGCCUGAGCUGUGCCUCAGAGCAGUGCCAGCUGUCACUCGCCCAGAGCAGCCGUGGCAAAGGAACUCUUUGUUCUCAUGGCAAGAGCGUGUUGGACUACGUCCCGGGAGACCGGGUUCGGAUCCGCACUCAGCCAUGAAGCUCACUGGGUGACCUUGGAGUCAGUUGCUGCCUCUCAGCCUCGCCUACCUCACAGGGUUGCUGUGAGGACGAAAAGGGGAGGAGGAGAACCACUUACCCCACCUUGAGCUCCUUGGAAGAUAAAGGUGGUAUUAAAAUGUACAAAUAAUGAAUCUCCAUCUGGUCCGAGUGCCUUUCAUGCCUCUGUGGGAAUAAUAAUAAUGGUAGUAGUAGUAGUAAUAAUAAUAAUUAUUAUUAUUAUUUAUACCCUGCCCAUCUGGCUGGGUUUCCCCAGCCACUCUGGGGGCUCCCACCAGAAUAUUAAAAACAUGACAAAACAUUAAAAGCUUCCCUAGACAGGGCUGCCUUCAGAUGUCUUCUAAAAGUCAGUUGUUUAUUUCCUUGACAUCUGGUGGGAGGGCAUUCCACAGGGCAGGCACCACCACCGAGAAGGCCCUCUGCCUGGUUCCCUGUAACUUGGCUUCUCGCAGCGAGGGAACCGCCAGGAGGCCCUCGGAGCUGGACCUCAGUGUCCGGGCAGAACGAUGGGGGUGGAGAGGCUCCUUCAGGUAUCCUGGUCCUUUGCGGCUGUUUAGGGCUUUCAAGGUCAGCACCAACACUUUGAAUUGUGCUGGGAAAUGUACAGCUUUUGCAUGCCCUCCCCCCUGUGGAUCCGGCCCGUGUCUGUGACGUGCCCCCUCCCCGGGAGCCAGGCAGCCUUUGCAACCAGCCAACUCUCCUGCUCUCUUCCCCCUCCGGCAGUUGACUUUGGGGUCAGCGCCCAGCUGGACCGCACGGUGGGGCGUCGGAACACGUUCAUCGGCACCCCUUACUGGAUGGCGCCAGAGGUGAUUGCCUGCGACGAGAACCCGGACGCCACAUACGACUACAGGGUAGGUGCCGCCUCCCCAAAGCUCGGAGUGCCUUCUUUCCUCCCCCCCCCCCCCCGGCAGGAGCAGGGAAGAUGUUCAAGGGACGCAGUCGGGUGCAAGAGGAUAAGCGGAGCCCUGUCUCCGGCUCCAGGCAGUCCACCCAGCCUAGCCCAGUCUGUCCUCACUGUGGCAACCCAAGUGCAGAGGCUGCUGCCCUGGGAGGAAAGAUGGCAACCUUUGGGACUUUUCAGGGGGAAAGUGGGCGAGAGGCCACAUGGCAGAAGUUUGCAAAACGAUAGAAAAAGUGGAUAGGGGGGAAGUUUUCCUCCCUCUUGCGUACCGCCGGAACUUAUGGGCCUCCAAUGAUGCUGAAGGUUGGAAGAUUCAGGAUAGAUUAAUGACUUUUCCAUGCAGUGUGUCUUUAAACUAUGGGAUUCCCUCCGGCAAGGAACCGUGACACCCGCCAUCCCGGGUGGCUUUGAAAGAAGCUUAGACAAAGGCAUGGAGGAGGAGAGGCCUGUCGGUGACUCUGUUCUGCCUCCAGAGUCAGAGGCAGCCAUGUUUCUGAAUCCCAGUGGCCAGGAACCCCAGGAGGGGAGAGCGUUGCUCCUGUACUUGCAUCCUGCUUUCGUUUUAAAUUAUUUAUUUAUUAAAUCCCCCCCCCCCCAAAAAAAUUAGAAAUUAAACAAAGAACAAUACAUAACACUGUAAGCAUGCUUAUACAGUAUACAUAUUUUCCAAAAUGGAAACUAAUCAAAAUAAAAAGAAAGAAAAGGAAAAAUAAAAGAUGUAAAGAAAAAAGACAAAAGGAAAGAAAAAAAAUACCGUAUUUUUCACUCUAUAAGACGCACUUUUCCCUCCUAAAAAGUAAGGGGAAAUGUGUGUGCAUCUUAUGGAGCAAAUGCAGGCUGCGCAGCUAUCCCAGAAGCCAGAACAGCGAGAGGGAUCAAUGCGCAGCGCUCCCUCUCGCUGUUCUAGCUGCUGGCUUAGCCAGGCGCAACCUCUUCAGGGCAGCGGGGAGCCUUCAUCCUGCUGCCCUGAAGAGGCUGCACAGCUAUCCCAGAAGCCAGAACAGCGAGCGGGAUCGCUACACUCCCGCUUGCUGUUCUAGCUUCUGGCUUAGCCACGCUCUGUCCCUUCCCCCACCUCCCGGAGAAGCCCGCAAGAGCUGCACUCCCAUUCACGAGCCGCGAGGAGCGUGUGUGCAGCUCUUGGGGGCUUUUCCCCAAGGAGGGAGAAGGGCAGCCCGUCAAUGACUGCAAGCGCCACGCACACGCUCCAUGCAGCUCAUGAAAGGGAGCGCUGAGAUGCAUCCCAGGCUCUGCUCAGCGCUCCCUUUAAAGAAUAAUUUUUUUCUUGCAUCCCCCCUCUAAAAACUAGCUGCGUCUUAUGGAGCAAAAAAUACAGUACUUUUCAUAACCUGGAAUAUUACUAAAUGCUUGCUUCAAAUACUGCAAUAUGUAAAUCUUAGUUAAAAUAUUAUAAAAGACUUCCAUCGCAAUCACCACACGUCUCUUAGUUGUCUUACUCGCAUUUACAUCUGUUCUUCAAUCAUUUCCCUGCUUUCGCGUUUCCCAUUGAGGCAUCCGGUCAACCCCUGUGAGAACAGGAUGCUGGACUAGAUGUGAUGCUGGCCUGAUUCAGCACAAGCAGAAUCCUGCCGCAGCUGGACCAGGGGUGCCCCAGGGGUCCCAUCCAGUCCAGCACAGCCCACCCUCCUAGUGGCCCAUCAGGUGCCCCCCCAGGGGGCAAAACCCCACAGGCAGCACCCCAAACACAGGAGCAGCCUCUCCCCCCUCCUGCAAUUCCUAGAGACUGCCGUAUGGUGAGGCAGGAGCAGGAGGAUUUGGGGAGGCAAGGAGCAGAGGAAAGGCUUGCUGCUGCUCCUCCCCAGGCAAGGAAGGGGUGAGAAGGAGCAAGGAAGAGGACCAGGGCAGAACGACAGGGAAGGACGAGGCGCCUGCCUUUGCGACAACCUUUCUCCGCUUCCUCCCCGCAGAGUGACAUCUGGUCCCUGGGGAUCACCGCCAUCGAGAUGGCCGAGGGAGCGCCACGUGAGUAUCUUGAAUUUAUUACUUCGGUCACAGACCAGUUCCAGCCCACAUACAAUAUCAAGGAAGUCAUAAAAUGCGAUAGGGAUACAUUUGAAUUUGCAAUUAGGUAUAACGGGGACAAUGCAGAUACAGCAACAGUUAAAAAAUAUAUAAAUUAAAACUUAGUUACUAACAUACAACCUAAAAUUAACAUUUAAAACCUUAAUCCUUAUGAUAGCACAGCUUGUUCCCUAAGUUUUAUGGCAAUCGCACAGAAUUUGGCCACCCUUAACGUGAUCUCAGGAUCCUUGUCCUCUACCAGGGAUUUUAGACAUUGAAGUUCAGAUUCAUUUGGAGAUUUCUGCAUAGCAGGGGUAAUAAAUACCGAGCGUAUAUCCCCAUAGGACUCGUGAGUGUCUGUGCGGCAAAGCGGGGUGGAGAGAGGGAGAGGCAUGGUUGUGGCUUGAGGCAGGGAUUGUCUGGUCUUGAACCCGGGGCCGGGGCAGGGCAGCAAGUGGCAUCCUGUGGCUCCCUCAGGCCCAGGGAUCCUGGCUCCUUGAGGAAGGCUGUCGCCGCGUGGGGCUGGGCAUCCAACUCCCUGGGCUUCUCCAGAAAAGGAAGGCCUGGAUUCCGUGGGGUCUUUGGGGACUGAGGGGUCCUCCUUUGCCUUAACAGGCUCUAAUCCACACACAUGCCAGAGAUGUGGGAAAGUUCUGUGAGGGUGAAACAUCUCCAAAUGGGAGAUGAUGCUAACUUGCAGCUUCAUCCUCCAGUUAACAGUCUUCUCCUGCUGGCAGGCGGGUUCAUAGCAAGGAGACCCUGGAAGAACUUGGAGGCUUAUCUCACGAAUUGGUACAACACAAACGGCACUUGUGGAAAAGUCGGCUGAUAAAUUAAUAGUACAGUGGUACCUUGGAUUACAUACGCUUCAGGUUACAGACUCCACUAACCCAGAAAUAGUGCUUCAGGUUAAGAACUUUGCUUCAGGAUGAGAACAGAAAUCGUGCUCCGGCGGCACGGCAGCAGCAGGAGGCCCCAUUAGCUAAAGUGGUGCUUCAGGUUAAGAACAGUUUCAGGUUAAGAAUGGACCUCUGGAACGAAUUACAGUGGUGCCCCGCAAGACGAAUGCCUCGCAAGACGGAAAAACCGCUAGACGAAAGGGUUUUCCGUUUUGAAGUUGCUUCGCAGGACGAAUUCCCCUAUGGGCUUGCUUCGCAAGACGAAAAUACCUUGCGAGUCUAGAGAUUUUUUUCGCUUUCCCCCUUUAUCUAAUCUGCUAAGCCUUUAAUAGCCUUUAAUAGCCUUUUAGCAGCUAAUCCCUAAGCCUUUAAGCCUUUAAUAGCCGCUAAACAGCUGAUAGCGCUAAUAGCGCUAAUCCGUCAAUGGGCUUGCUUCGCAAGACGAAAAAACCGCUAGACGAAGACUCUUGCGGAACGGAUUAAUUUCGUCUUGCGAGGCACCACUGUAAGUACUUAACCCGAGGUACCACUGUAUUAUUAUUACUGUUAUUUUAUGUAUUGUAUUUGUAUACCGCCCUUGAUCCGCAGAUCCCAGGGCCUAAAAAUACAAGAUAAAAACACAAAAUACGUAAUAAGAACAAAACAAAAAACCCUCAUGCAAAAACAAUUAGAAGGAUAUAGGAUGUUAGUCAGCCAAAAGCGCAAAGACUUCUAUGUAAUCGAAUGGCCCGGCUUUAUUAUGAACCUGGCUGAAAAAAAAUGAAAAGAGAGGACUCAGCUCACGCUAGAAAACAUUCCGGUUAAAAUAAACUGUUUUGUUGUCUCUUUUACAAAUAGUAGCCUGGGAUAAAAAGUUACUUGGUUGUUAUUUUUCAUGCCUUGCCCUAAACACCAGCUUUUUGGUUAGGGUGGGACGCUUCAUUGCUCACCUGUAUGAUGUUGUUAUAUGUUGAAAGGGCAUAAUAAGAAUUAGAAAACAAACAAAUGCAAUGGAAUAAAACGGCGUGAGCCGUGGUGGGCGAGGAGGGCUGAUUCUGCUUCUCACCUCUCCCUCUCCCUCUCUCUCCCUCCUCUUGACAGCCCUGUGCGACAUGCACCCCAUGAGGGCCCUCUUCCUCAUCCCUCGCAACCCGCCGCCCAAGUUGAAAUCCAAGAAGUGGUAGGUUUGCUGCUGCCCCCGCCCAGGAAGAAGAGCGCAGAACUGGGCGCUGGCCCGCCUGGCGUUAACGGCUCAUGGGCUGUGCUGCUUGUGCUCUCUGCUGGCUUGGCAUCUCAACCGAGUGCAGCAGAAUGAUCAAGGGGGGAGGGUACUCGGGUCUUGGCCCCCAGAGGGCAGGGAUUGUAUCCCGGGCACUUCUGGGCUUUGGGGCUGGUCCUCCCCAAGGAGCAAAUGGGAGCCGAUUUUGCUUUCCUCCCGGCAGGCUGGGACGGGGGAGGCACAGUGAGCUCGGAGGCAUCUUGCCUGACCCUUGGCUCGCCUGAGCUCGUGUGGGGAGACUGAGACCCACUGCCUUGGCCCCCCUUCGCAGGUCCAAGAAGUUCAUCGACUUCAUUGACAACUGCCUGAUCAAGGCCUACACCAGCCGCCCCCCGACGGAGCAGCUCCUCAAGUUCCCCUUCGUCCGGGACCAGCCCACGGAGCGGCAGGUCCGCAUCCAGCUCAAGGACCACAUCGACCGCACCCGAAAGAAGAGGGGGGAGAAAGGUGCGUGGGGUGGAGGGCAGAGGGGGAGGCCAGGAGGGAGACAGUGGCCAUGACUCCCGCACUGCAGCACGGGGUUAGGCUAGAAGACCCCUGGGGGUCCCUUCCAACCCUACCAUUCUGUGGGGCAGAGGUAGGGGAGACGUCGAGGGGCUUAACCGCCCCGCGUACUCCGCUGAUUUUUGCCUGUGUUGCCUCUUCCGGCAGACGAGACGGAGUACGAGUACAGUGGCAGCGAGGAGGAGGAAGACGGGCGCGGCGAGGAAGGGGAGCCCAGGUAAGCAGGGCAGAGAUGAGAGUGUGCUGGCACUUGCCUCCCCCUGCCUGGCCCAUGGCAGAACAGGAGCCCCCCAACUAGCUCCCCUGUGUGGGAUAAUUAUUAUUAUUAUUAUUUAUGUAUACCCCGCCCACCUGGUUGGGUUUCCCCAGCCACUCUGGGCGGCUUCCAACAGAAUAUUAAAAUACAAUAAUUUGUUAAACGUUGGAAGCUUCCCUAAAGAGGGCUGCCUUCGGAUGUCUGGGACCCGUUUCCUGGUGGGUUUGGCAGGUGGUAUGAGGCAGGGGGUGGGCCUGGCAAGCCCCUCACUCCACGCCUGAGCUCUGGCGUGACAAAGGGCGUCAGUAGCAGAGCAUCUGCCUUGCCAGCGGAAAGUCCCUGGUUCAGUCCCCGCUGGCAGUAUCUCCAGGUAGGGCUGGCAGAGCCUCCUGCCUGAAAUCCUGGGGCGCCGUAGCUGCCAGCCCGUGUAGGCAGUACAGAGCUAGAUAGACCAAGGGUCUGACUCUGCAUAAGACAGGCCUCCUACGCGGAACAGAGCUCUUCGCCACAAGGGCUCUGCUCCGUCCUCCCCUUUCGGAGGCAGCGGUGCUCCUGAAUCUCCCCCUCACCGGAAACCGCAGUAGGGGAGAGCCGCUUUCGCACUCGGGUCCCGCUCGCUGGUUUCUCCCGACGGGCACCUGGCCGGCCUGAUCCAGCGGGCCGCCCCGCCUCCCCUCCCGCCAGCUCCAUCAUGAAUGUCCCCGGGGAGUCGACGCUGCGCCGGGAGUUCCUCCGCCUGCAGCAGGAGAACAAGAGCAACUCGGAGGCCCUGAAGCAGCAGCAGCAGCAGCUGGCAGCCCAGCACCGCGACUCGGAGGCCCACAUCAAGCACCUGCUGCACCAGCGCCAGCGGCGCAUCGAGGAGCAGAAGGAGGAGAGGCGGCGCGUGGAGGAGGUGAGCCGGGCACGUGAAAUGGGCAGACGGGUGCUGCGCUAAAGUAAACUUGCAGACCGCUGCUUCGUUAAAGAUAUCGAAGCGGUUUGCCACAAAAAUGCACGGAACCGUAUUUUUAAAAGUUCAAAACAGACUUCGGUUAACCAUUGUGGAAGGACGUCUUCUUAAUUGCCUACCUCGUCCCGGCAGAAUAGAGAAGUUUUCAGCAGGCGUUUAGACAUUGGAUCUCUAGUGGCAGGGAGUUCCACAGGGCCGGGCUAACGACACUAAAGGCUCCGUUUCUCGUUGCUGUCAAAUGUUUAGGAAACGCUAUCCAGAAGUAUCCAACCUUAGCAGCGGCAGAGGGGUGAUCCGGCUUGGUAGCAAAGCGGGGGGGGGGGGUUUGUCAGAGAGUGUUUGACGCAGCUCAACUUGCAGAGGAGCUGAGGAUUUGCAAGGGCUUCUCUGCUUGGACUGAGCUCAUUUGGCAGCUCAGCACACAGAGGACCUGAGACUGGGAAAAAAGAAAAAUUGCUUCAGUUACAAACAGAUAUAAAGAAGGAGAGAAAAAAUAGUAAUAUCAGCAAUGACAACAGCAGGUUGUAGUACAGAGCCUUCGCAGAAAAGGGGAAAUAUAACAGAAGAAAUCCCAGUUGUUCUUGGCAACAUGUGCUGUUCCACCAUCCCGGGAAGCCUCCGCCAAGCAAAGUUGGAACUUAGGUGGAGGGGCAGGGCAUGGUUUUCCCCGGGACCACUGAGGCGGUGGCCCUCGAGUCGAUUCCUCCUGGCCCCUGGCCCUGCCUGCUUUCUCGUUCUGGGACUCGGAAGACCCUCCUCUGACGUCUCCCCGCCCCUCUUCCCUCGCAGCAACAGCGCCGAGAGCGGGAGCAGCGCAAGAUGCAGGAGAAGGAGCAGCAGCGGCGCCUGGAGGACAUGCAGGUCAUGCGCCGGGAGGAGGAGCGCCGGCAGGCUGAGCGAGAGCAGGUGGGGCAGGUCAGGGGGCCUUGGGGAGGCAGGGGGGAUGGAAGCAGCAGCAGCCCAGGCUUGGGCCAGGCGGGCAGAACCGGGCAAAACGCCAUCACAGCUCACCGGGUCGAGCACCAGUUUGGGGGUUCCGUCCCCAGGUAGGGCUGGGAGAGGCUGCCCUGCCUGAAAAUGUGGGGAGAGCCCCUGCUGCCGGUCAGUGUGGGUCGCACUGAGCAACCUGGACCCCAGUGGGUCUGACUCAUAAUAAUAAUAAUCAUAAUAACAAUAAUCAUAAUAAUAAUAAUUUAUUAUUUAUACCCCACCCAUCUGGCUGGGUUUCUCCAGCCACUCUGGGCGGCUUCCAACAGAAUAUUAAAAUACAAUAACCUAUUAAACUUUAAAAGCUUCCCUAAACAGGACUGCCUUCAGAUGUCUUCUAAAAGUCUAGUAGUUGUUUUUCUCUUUGACAUCUGGUGGGAGGGCGUUCCACAGGGCGGGCGCCACUACCGAGAAGGCCCUCUGCCUGGUUCCCUGUAACCUCACUUCUCGCAGUGAGGGAACCGCCAGAAGGCCCUCGGCACUGGACCUCAGUGUCCGGGCAGAACGAUGGGGGUGGAGACGCUCCUUCAGGUAUACAGGACUGAGGCACUGUAUACAGCACGAUGGCAUCUGCCGCACAUUUAAGUUGCUCGAUUUCAACCACACUUGGUCGAAAUCGCGCAAUGAGUGGGAUCCCAAGUGAGACAGAGAGCUUCGAAGCUCUUUUUGCUCUCUGGGCAAGGACUGCUCCCCACAUGGGCUCUGAAAGUACGGGGGAUUCUCUCUCUCUGUCUCCCUCUCCAAGUCACUCACCAGCUAUGGGGGCACCUCCAAGAAUUUGGCCAUACAAUAAGGUUGUGUAUAUGCAGAACCCUUGGGACCAAACCGCUGCGUGAGAUGCAGCUGUGCCCUAUAAAGCAGAUUUUCCGUUUUAUCAGCGGGACAUUGAGCACUUUCCCUGACCCUUCGCCUCCCCUGGCAAACCGCAAAAGGUGCAGGAUAAGCAGGGGAGGGUGUUUGGGGCCAAGAGAGGCACUGACUCCUAGAAUCCUAGAAUUGUAGGGAAGCCCAGAUUCUGCCCCUGCUCCCAGGUGUUUGGGUCUGUUGAGCUUCCAUGGGGUGGCAGGUUCUGCGAGGUGGUGGGAGGCCUCCUCCUCUGCUCUUUGGGUGGCGGUUCUGCCUGGGUGCGCUUUCCCUCCUCCUUCCUUCACCUGUUGCCCUCUCUUUCUCUCUCUCUCUCUCUGUCUGUCUCUCUUUCUCUCCCUCCCUUCUCCUUCUCUGUCCGCUGCCUUUUCCCCUCUGUCCAGGAGUAUAUCAGGCACAAGUUAGAGGAGGAACAGAGGCAGCUGGAGAUUCUGCAGCAGCAGCUCCUCCAGGAACAAGCACUGCUGUUGGUAAAGAAAAGGAGGGGGGGCUUCUUACUGUUCCUGCUGGGCCCCCUCCAAAAAUCCCUACUCCGAGGGGGAACCCCCAAGGCCCUUCUUCAGCUGGGCACAGGGCACCGAUGGGGGCAGGCGCCGGCCCAUUUGGCUUGCAGGCGGCUUAUGGGGACGAGGGCUCUGCUCAGCUGGAGGCAGCGAGGCUUCUGGAAUCCACAAAAGGAGAGUGAUCUUGUGUUCGAAUCCUGCUUGCGGGAUCCCCACAGUGGGCGUCUGUUUGGCCCCUGUGAGAACACAAUGCUGGGUAAAGAUGGGGACCCCUUUUGGCCUGAUCCAGCCCUCUUGGCCUUCUCUGGGAGCCAGACUCCCCCCCCCAUGCCCUCACCGGCUCCCCUCCUCCCUUCCAGGAGUACAAGCGCAAGCAGCUGGAGGAGCAGCGCCAGUCGGAGCGGCUCCAGCGCCAGCUGCAGCAGGAACACGCCUACCUGAAGUCCCUCCAGCAGCAGCAGCAGCUCCACAAGCAACAGCAGCAACAGCAGCAGCAGCAGGAGAAGAAGCCCCUCUACCACUACAACCGCAGCGCUAACCCCGCCGACAAGCCCACCUGGGCCCGGGAGGUAAGCCCCUUGUCCAGUUCUGGGCACCACAGUUUCAGACAUGAUGGUUGGCAAGGGAAAAUAGACGUGUAAAAGGAGAAUUCCUGGAUGCCAGGAUCCAAGAUGGACUCAAGCGCUGUCUGGUGCGCGAAUCCCAACAGAGAUUUAAAAUCACAACACAUGCAGCAAAGGAAAGCCUUUAAACCUUUAAAAUACGGCUUUGUGAGUUUGUAAGGAAGUUCCUCUCUUCCCCUAGCAUAGAAAAAGACCACAUGUUUAGUAGGUUAGAAAUGGUUUACUUGCAAACGCUCCAAAGGUCAGGUUCAUGUGCUUUUCCGUACGUCAGCCAGAAAACACAGGCAGUAAAACUUGGCAUAGUUACAGAGGUGAAAGUUCCUAAACUAUCGGCAUAGGAACACAGUAGUGGCUUGCGAGAGCCAUGAGGUCUGAGCUUGGAGCAACCAGCUCAGACCUCUUUACACAGUGAGCUCCUCAGGUAGACGGAAGGGGCACCAUAGGAUUGAUUACCCUCCUCAAGGUAAGGAGGAGUGGUCUAGCCAAGCCUGGCAGGGCAGCUUGCUCUAUGGCAUUAACUCCUUCACACAUUCAUUAGACUUAAGCAUGUUGCUUAUGUGAGGCUGGUUAUCCCACAAAAACGAGAGGUGGGCAACCAAGAUGAUGAAGGGUCAGGAAGCCAAGCCUUGUGAGGAACGGUUGAGGGCGUCGGGCAUGUUUAGUCUGUUCAAGAGAAGACUGAGAUGUUGCCACGAUGCGGCCAUCUUCAAAUAGCUAAAGGGCUCCCACCUGGAAGGUGGAGAAAGCUUGUUUCUUGCUGCUCCAGAGGGCAGGGCCUGAACCAACCGACUCAAACGGCGAGGAGCAAGAUUCCUGCAUUGCGCGGGGUUGGGCUAGAUGACCCUGGGGGGAGAGAGCCUCCCAACCCUGCCGUUCUGUGAUUCCAGGUGGAAGAACGGACCCGCAUGAACAAGCAGAACUCCGCCUCGCCGGUGGCCAAGACCAAACUGGGGGGCCCUGGGCCAGAGUCUGCCCCCCAGUCCCGCUCCGAGUCGGUGUCGCUCAACUCCUCCCCGGCCUCGCAGACCCCGCCUAUGCAGCGCCCCGUCGAGCCCCAGGAGGGGCAGCACAAGGUGAGGGUCUCUCCCGCCCCCCAAGCGAGCACAGGAGGACUUGCACAAACACCAGCCAGUCACCCCACCGCUCAUUGCCAUCCGCUGCUGCUGCUGCUCCUCCUGCUCCCCCCUCAUUGGCUGUGCUUUGACCUCUUUGUCCCGGGGGCAGGGGGAGGAUUAGCAGUGGGUCACCUCUUGGCCAGGCCCUGAGGAUACACGGGAGGAGAGAGGGGGCACGUGGGGAUCCCCAGGCCUGCCGGGAAUGGGAAUCCAAGUACUGAAGAAAUGAACCUAUGCUGCCAAUUCUUGUAGUAGACCAGGAUGAAGUAACACUACCGAACCAUUCUAUGUUCUAAAUCUUAUAUUAAUAAUCCAAAAAUUGAGAGAGCAAGGGACAAGAUCUACUCCAGAAGCCACAAACAGAAAACUCAUUCAAAUUGUGUCCAAAAGGAAGAUUCAGUCUUUAAAGUUGACAAACGCCGGCACCCUGUCCAACUCGCUGACACUUCGUUUGAUCAAACUUAUCUUCGUUGAUAUCUACAGGAGCCUGGCUAAAGGAACUUUAAAGGCUGGAUCUUCCUUUGGGACACAAUUUGAAUGAGUUUUCUGAUGGUGGCUUUUGUAGUAGAUCUUGUACCUUAUUCUCUCAAUUUUUGGAUUAUUAAUGUAAGGUUUAGAACGUAGAAUGGUUUGGUAGUGUUUUGCGUGGCGCUUAUGCGCUGCUUACUUCAUACUGGUCUACGACGGGGAUGGGAAUCCAGCAAGCAACACACACACACCCUGUUCAAAAGAGGGAGGUGCCCUGUGGUCUGGUGUUUAGAGGGUCCCACUUGGACCUUGGAGACCUGGGUUCAGAUCCCGCCUCGGGGUGGGAGUGUGCUCUUGGGCUCCCAGCCUGACCUACCUCUCAGGGGAUGAAAUGAGGAAGGGGAGGAGAACCACGGGCACUCUGCCGCCCUGAGGUGGGCUUUGAGGGCAAGGAAUGAAUGAGAGGGGAAGAAUGAGACCUCCUGGGCUCUUGGGGAGGGCAGAGGGGCCUGCAGGCAGUUGAUCCGGGCGGUGCUAUGGCCGGCUUCAGAAGAGGAGGCAGGCCUGGUGGGGGAGCAGCUAGGCCCCCCUCCCCGUUCUCAGCCUCUGCCCCCCCUCCCUCCCUGCCUCCUUCCGCAGAGCCACCUCGCCCACCGCGUCCCCCUCAAGCCAUACGCAGCCCCCGUCCCUCGCUCCCAGUCGCUGCAGGACCAGCCCAGCAAGAACAUGGCCGCUUUCCCCGUCCAUGACUCCUCCUCCUCCUCCGCCGCCUCCUCCGCCUCCUCCUCCUCCGCCCCAUCCCCACCAAGGGCGGGCAUGAUCCGGCAGAACUCCGACCCCACCUCGGAGGGGCCCGCCCCACCGCCGAGCCGGCCCGCCACUGCCGCUGAACAGCGAGGACCCUGGGUCAGAAUGGAUCCCGAGGCCCCUCCCAAGGUAACGGCGGAGGGGCAGGGGGCUUGGGGUGUGCUGGGGGGGGAGUGUUGUCGUGGCAAAGCUUAGGGCCCCUGGGUCCUCUGGGGGAGAAGAGGGCAGGAGGCACUGCAGCAACAGCACUGCCCCAUCCCCAUGGGAGAGCUAUAGAGUCGGAAGGGACACUCGGACGGGCGUCUAGCCCAACCCCAAAUUCCAGGCAGAGGAAUUCCACCAGGAAGAUCUGCCCAAGGGUGAUCAAUGCUUUCCCAAGAGCUGUGGGGUUCACUUCGCAGAUCCACCUCCCUCCCAAAGUGAGCUUGGUCUUUUUGUGAAAUGACCGCAUGUGCAGGAGACUGGCCCUGAGGGUGGUGUGCAUCAUUUGAGCAGCGCAUGCACCCCAAGGUCCCUCCUGUACCCCUCCCUCCCGACACACCCACCCCAUCUCUCGGGGGGUUUUUUGAUCGAAAGUCACAGGGGGCAUGCGAGUUGAGGCCUCUUUCUGCCUUGAGAGGCAAGGAAGGAGAUCAGUUAAGCCAAGCGCGUAGGCCAGCUGUGGAACUCCCUGCCACAAGAGGCAGAGACGGCCACCAAGCUUAAAAAGAGGUCUAGACAAAGAGAUGAGGAGGAGACGCCUAUGGACGGCUGCGAGCCAGAGUGGCUCUGCUUAGCAGAGUGAGGCAGCCUCUCGUUCCUCCUGUCUGUCCCAGCCCAUCUGGGAUCUCAGGUUACGGGGAGAGACGGGUAAGAGUGGCAAACUGCAGCCGCCUCAUGCCACACGCUGCUGCAAGGGUCAGCCCUGACCCUUGGCUUCUGCCCUUUGAAUCACAGCAAUAAUAGAGUUGGAAGGGACUGCCAGGGGUCAUCUAGUCCAACCCACAGGAAUCUCAGCUAAAGCACCCAGAGCAAAGCACUCAGCAAAGCACUCCGCUUGCCUCUUUUUCCUGAUGGGAAGUUGAAUCAGAGAGAGAGAGAAGCCCUGAGCCCCAAAGGGUCUUAAAGUUGCCCCUCCCCAUCUCUCUGUCCCGGUUGAGGAGACAGGUGGCUUCCCUGGGCCCCCCUCCACCCCACUCAUGCUUUCUCUCCCCCUCCUCCUCCGACCCUUCUAGGUCCCCCAGCGAACGUCCUCCAUCGCGACAGCACUCAACACCAGCGGAGCAGGGAGUGGCGGCGGCGCCAUCCGGCCAGUCCACGCGGUCCGAGCCAGGUAAGAGGACCCUGAAGUGACCCGGGGGUCCAGCGCUGCCUGCUGGGCCUCGAUCCUGAGAGCCACGUCUUGUGGGGAGAGGCUGCAAGAGUUGGGGGGGAGCUGGGUCCUCUCAGGGAGGGAGGGCCAAGGGGUCUGGGGGGACCAGGAACCAGGGCUUCCCAUUGAUAGUGGGACCCUUGUGCCAAGAUUGGACUACAGAGUUUGCCAGGGAAUGCCAGCCUGGCGCCAUCGCUGGCAACUUCCAGGCAGAAACAUUUCUGGGAGAGUUUGAGGCACUCUCUCAUUUAUUAACUUGUUUUGUAAAAAUUAUACACCUCUUGAUUAAAUACACACACACCUCAAAGUGAUCUACAAAAGAACAUAAAACGAUGAAAUUAUCGGUGAAAGCAGCUCUUUGAAACAUUGGAAAGAUGGAAUCGGCAAUAAACUACAAGAAAUGGAUUAAAACAUUCUGAGCCGUUAUGUCACUCUAAAUAGCUGGACAGGCUUUGCCUAACCAAAAACGUGUUUUGCAGGCGCUGAAAAGAGUCCCGUGCAGAUUCUUUUCUGCCUGGUGUCAAUAGGCAGGGAGUUCCGUAGUGCAAGCGGGAUUCAUUAGGCUGCUUUUUGUGCACAUCCAUGGUUUUAGUUUUUCUUGUAUUGUUUUGGCUUUAUUUAGGUUUGCAGUUUUGUGUAAAGCCCUUUUGAAUUUCCUUUAUGCACAAAAAAAGACAAGCGAGGCCAACAAGUCAUAGCAAAAUAACGGUACCUUGGGGGCCAGCUGUCUCUCCCCGCCCCCCCAAACCGAAGCCCUCCACGUCCUGCAAGCGAUGGAUCCAGAGUAUCCCGAACUCUUCUUUGGGGGGUAGCCAAGACUCCCCCGACCCACGGCUGCCCUGGGGCCAGAGCAGACUUCGCACUGGCCUCCCCAUCCCACACUGCAGGGCUGUAGGCACCUCUGAUCCUCCCCCCCGACUCCUGGGGGGGGCAGCAGCGCAGCCCCCCUGCCCCCUUGACAUGCUUGUGUGCUCCUCCCCUCCGCAGGCCCCGUAGCAAGUCCGCCUGGCACAUCCACAUGCAGAGCCGGCUGGAGAGGGGCCCCCGGUGGGGGGGCCCUUCGCCAGCCCCUCCUCCUCCUGCCCCCCCGCAGCCCGCCCGCCGGACCCCGCCCCGGGACCCUCUGGCCCCCGUGCCAAACGCCAGUAGGUAAUGACGGAGCAGGCUUGCUGGCUGAGCGGGGCUUCCUCUGCGGUGCGCUCUCUCUCUGCGCGGUGACGGGUUCUCUUCUGGUGAUGCUGCUGCUGGUGGUGGGACAAAGCAUUGCGGAACGAGGGGCGCGUGGAGUGAGUUCGGGGGCUGGGAAGGUGGCCUAAACUCAGAGGGGCGCCCUCUUUCCCCCGCAGCAAUCCCGACCUCCGGAGGAGCGACCCAGGCUGGGAGAGGGCGGACAGUCUGCUGCAGUCCGGCACGGGAAACCUGCCCCAGGCUGGCUCUCUGGAGCGCAACCGCAUAGGAGGUGAGGGGGUGGCCGGAUCUGGGGUGACCUGGGGGGGGGAGGUGUUGCAUUCCAAAAGCAAGGAAGGAUUGGACCCUGAUUAAUAAAAUACACACGAGGCUUGAUAAUAAUAAUCCCUCUCCACCCCUCAGCCCAGGUCGUUUUAUUCACAAAAGAACUUUUUACACAGUGUUUGUAAGAACCAAUCAGAUUUCCUCUGAGCAUUUCAAAAAAAAACCCACGUGGGACAAAGUCAGAUCAGAAGAAAUCCUGUUAACUACAAAGACUACUCUGAGCAUGCAUAUAUAGUUCAGAGUAAAUAAAAUAGGAAACAAGGAGGAAUGCAUUCAGCAAAACCCCAGAGGUCAUAAACAGGCAGGAAAGGAAGGAAGGAUGGCAAGGAAAAAUAAGUAUCUUUAUCACCUCCUAUGUGAAACUAUUUCCUGGCCCUAAGAUUAACAAAACCAAAGAAAGGUACAUCAGAGUAGCCACCUACUAUUUUUAUGGUCCAGGAUGCCGGGUGGACAACUGGCCUGUGUUUAGAAUGCUGAUAAAUGCCUGUCAGGCAGAGAAAGGAAAUGACCAGUAGAGAAAAUGGGUCAGAGAUGCAGAGGCUUGUGGGAUUUGAUCAGGAAUUAUUGUCAAUGAAUCAAACCCAGUCAGCGCAGUGCUUUCACUGCUGACACAAUGGCUUGCUUCAUUUUUCAUAAUUCCUCAUAGCAAUCCCACCUGAUCACUACAGGGAGGGGGCGCCCAGUUCCCUGGGCUUUGCUCCUUGGCAUCGCAGGAAGCUGCCUCCUACGGCGUUGUCCGCAAUGGCAGGCAACAGCGGUUCCCCCAGGCGUCUGGCGAGGGCACAUUCCCAGCAGCCGCAGACGCUUUGUCCAUCUGACCAGCAAGCAGCGGCUCACUAGGGUUUCAGGCAGGAAAUUGUGGAGUUGUAGGGUUGGAAGGGACCCACCGGUCAUCUAGCCCAACCCCACAGGAAUAUCUCCCAGCCGUACCUGGAGAGGCCGGCAGGAUUGAACCCGGGACCCUCUCCUUUCACUGACAUAGGUAGCAAGCCACCCACCCAACAGAGAAGUUCUGAAACGGUGCCCUCUGAAUGCUCUCCUUCGCGAUCAGGGCUUGGUGUUUCCGUCACCUGGUGUCAGAUGAUUGGCAGGUGGGGGGCAGUAGUCCGUGGAGCGUCGGCCGCUUAUAGAUCCAGCCCGCUGACCAGUUUCGGUUCCCCGCUCCUGCCUAAGCCCCACUUGUUCCGUUGAAGGGGGGUGUUUCACAAUGUCUGUGCCCUUUGGGGUCUCUCUGACGCCUCUCCCGCUCUGCUUCUCCAGCCCCCCUGAAAUUGGACAGCUCUCCGAUCCUGCCACCAGGGAACAAGCCCAAGGGGGAUGACCACCGGUCCCGGCCUGGGCGGCCAGCGGUGAGUACUCUCUGAGGAAGGGAGGAGGCCCGUAGCCCCUUCUGCGUCUGUCUCCCCUCUCCCCACCACUCUAGCCUGAGGAGUCCACCCAGAGGGGGCCCAUUGGGCUCUGCCAUAGAAUCAUGGAACCAUAUGUUUGCAAGGGACCCCCAAAGGCCAUCCAGCUCAUCCCCCCUGCAAUGCAGGAAUCACAGCUCACGAAUCCCAUCCAACCUCUAUUUUAACACCUCCCAAAGUUUAGCUGGAAUCUCAGAAUGUUCUGCGAGUUCACCGGGGGGGGGCGGGUGUUGCACUGCAGCCCCAUUUUGUAGGGAGGAGAGGAUUGCGGGGGAAGCCGGGGGAGGGGGAGAGGAAACUGGGGGGGGGGCACACCUUUAGUUUUUGGGCAAUUGGAGCAUGUAAUCUCUUGGGCCGCUUCCUUGUGGACGGCUCUUAAUGUGUGGCCUUCCUUGCACGCUCCGCCUUGAAAAGGUUUAAAACGGAAUUUGGGGUUUUCUUUACUCCCCUUUUUCCUCUGGGAAAGGGCAUGACCGGAGUGUGUGUGUGUGUGUGUGUGUGUGUGUGUGUGUGUGUGCGUGUUCUCAAAUCCUCCCCUCUGACCCAUAGGGGCCUGGCCCUUUUCCCUCCUGGAUUUCCCCUUCUCUUCCUCUCUCUGACUCUCGCUCUCUUCCUCCCUUGACAACAAGAAAUUUGCCCUGAAACUUGCAAGCGAUCAGGGGGAGGUGGCUGGGGUGUUGACCCCCGAAGGCUGGGGCUGGGGGGUGGGCAGAGGGGGUAGAGCAUAGGGAUCUACCUGCUGGGGAGCGGGCUAACUUCUCUGCCCUUUUUCUCUUCCUCUUCCUUCCCUCUUUCCCUCCUUCUGCACGACUCAGAGUUAUAAGCGGGCAAUCGGAGAGGUUAGUGCCCCCACGUCCUCAGUCUCUCUCUCUCUCUCUGCUGCCCCCAAACCACCAUGCCCUGCUGCCGCAUUGUGAGAUCAUGAAGUCUUCCCUGAUCCCCCUUCCUCCGUGGACAUCACCCCCCCUCUGCAUCUCUCCCCCCCCAACUCUCUUGGACCUUUCCCAGUCCCCCUUGCUGCUUUCGCUCACAGCUUCUGGCUCGGUUUGGGGCAGGGGGUGGAACUGUGGCCUAGAGGAGAAAGGACUGGCAGGCAGCGCAGCUAAUUGGCCACCGUUCUAUUUAUUUUUACUUAUUUACGCCAUUUAUAUAGAUCCCCCUACCCCCCUUCAUUGAAUGUUUUCAGCCGCAGGGCAGGGAAGCAAACUCACAAAACUGAAACGGAGAAAAGACAUGCGCAGAACCUACAAAAUCAUGUAAACGGGACUUGUAAACAACUGAGCACAGAAAUGAAAUGGGAAAUCGUAUUUCCAAUUCAACAAAUUUCGGGCCUCGAGCUCAGCAGGGCUGCCGAGUGGAAUCGCUGGACUCCCCCCCCCCCCUUCCCAGCUAUCUCAGGCCCCAUUUGGGGGUCACCGGCCUCACCCCACAGGUGGAACACCCCACGUUUUGCUUUGAGCAUAGGUUUGAUUAGGCAUCUCUCACAUGACGUGUGCCCAAGAACCCAAGAAACUUGGCUUUCUCCUCCCACUCUUUUUCCUUUGGGGGGCGGGAUUUAUUUAUUUAGUUUUUCAGAUUGACAUUUUACAGUCACCUAUCCAGCAUACAACAUAAAAACAAGAUUCCAAGGAAUCUCUUGGACUUCCCUCCUCCCCUUUGUGGGUCCUGCUGUCAAUCAUUUCCUCCUGCGUCUUUUAUGAUAAUCCAAAUCUAAAAUUCACCAUUAAACUACAAGUGAUAUUCCAAUCCUACCAACAAUUUAAACUGUUUACAUUAGUCUUUAAGAUAAGUUAUAAAUCUCCCCAAUUCCUUAUUAAAAAGGUUGAGCAGACCAGAAAAGGGGGGGGUAGGGGAUCGAUGGGACGCGGGUGGCGCUGUGGGUUAAACCACAGAGCCUAGGACUUACCGAUCGAAAGGUUUUCAGUUCAAAUCCCCGUGACAGGAUGAGCUCCCGUUGCUCAGUCCCUGCUCCUGCCAACCUAGCAGUUCGAAAGCACAUCAAGUGCAAGUAGAUGAAUAGGGAAGGUAAACGGCGUUUCCGUGCGCUGCUCUGGUUCGCCAGAAGCGGCUUAGUCAUGCUGGCCACAUGACCCGGAAGCUGUACGCCGGCUCCCUCGGCCAAUAAAGCGAGACGAGCGCUGCAACCCCAGAGUCAUCCGUGACUGGACCUAAUGGUCAGGGGUCCCUUUACCUAUAGGGGAUUGAUAGCUGGGAUUUUUGUUGGGGCUUGGGUGGGGGGCAGGAGAGGCUGGCGCUGGCUUCCUGCUAUGCCUGUCGCAAACUGCGCCCACUGGGCAGCCCUCCUGGUGGAGUGGGGUCUCCAUUGCAGGCAGGCCAACUCCCAUGCAAGCUUGCUUGGUGUUGUUCCCACCUGCUCUCUCUCUCGCGCGCGCUCUCUCUCUUUCUUUCUUUCUUUCUUUCUUUCUUUCUCUCUCUCUCUCUCCUUCGCCUCCCUGCGGCAGCCGUGACCCCCUUCCUCUCCUCUCUGCAGAAUUUUGUGCUCCCCAAGGACCGCCUGGAGGAGGCGGCCCCCAAGCCCCUCAAGAAGGCCAUGGACUACUCCUCCUCCAGCGAGGAGAUGGACUCGAGCGAGGAGGAAGAGGAGGAGGAGGAGGAAGGAGAAGGGGAACGCUCCGAGCCCACGGCAGACACUCCGGGGACCAGGUGGGGCGAGGGGCCGUGAACACGCUGGCGCUUUUUGGGAGUGCCUGGGUGCACGCAAGGAGGUCAGGGGAGCCCCGCGGUGGCAGGAGGAUCAGGACCAAAGGGCCCCCGUCCUGUGCACCCAGGGGGAAGGGAGCCCCCAAGCAGGGCCUGAGUCUCCCCAAGGGGCUUUCAGAGAGGCCGAAGGUGCAUGAGAAGAGCACCUGCUGGAUCAGCCCCAUCACCCAGGCCAGCAUCCUGUUCCCACUGCCAGAUGCCCGUUAUGGGAUACCUGCAAGCAGGAUCUGAGUGCAAGAGCAGCGGCGCCCAGCAUUCAGAACCAUUGCUGCUUCCAUCUGUGGAAGCAGAGCUGAGCCAUCUCCUCCAUGAAUCAGUCUGAGUUGUUGGCCCUCGCUGCCUCCUGCAGCAGGGAGUUCCGUAGUUUAAACAUGUUCAGUGUGAAGGACUUUCCCCCCUUUUUUAUAUUCAGCUUCAUUGGACCCUCAGGUUCUAGACCAGGGGUCCCCAAACUAAGGCCUGCGGGCCGGAUAAGGCCCAAGGGACUUGUUUAUCCAGCCCACGGUGACCCCCGCCGCACACUUCCACUGCCCACUCUUACCGGCGCUGUGCUGCGCGGCUGCCCACUUCUGGGGCGGAGGAGCGCCGGAAAUAGCUUGCGUUAUUUGCGCAUGCGUUAUUUGCACAUGCGCAAGCAUUAUUUCCAGUGCACAUCCAGGUUGGAGGAGGCCCGGGCACAUGUGCACAAGCUAUUUCUGGUGCUCCUCCGACCCGGAAGUGCGCCGGAAAUCGUGUGUGUGCACGCAUUGGGCACGCGCUCCUCUGGCCCGCCGCGCAAUCGGCACCGGAGCCACGGCCUGAGGCGCAGUAAGUUUGCUGACCCCUGUUCUAGUGUUAUGGGGGGCGGCUUUCCAUUGUCCUCUUCCCUUUCUAGUUGGAUCUGCUUCCAAGGGCAGAGCCUGCUGGUGCACCCCACUUCGUGGGCUCUGGGCGGGGGCGAGGAGGAGGAGGCAGGAUUAAUGUGACUGCUUCCGUGUGUCUUCUGACCUCCCCCUCUCCCUCCCUGUGGCAGAGACGGCGACACGGACUCCGUGAGCACCAUGGUGGUGCAUGACGUGGAGGAUCUGACGGGCGGCAGUGGCGGUUCAGAGAGCUCCUAUGGCGAGGGCACCAUGCUGGUGCAGCGGGUGAGAAUCACGCUUCGCAGCCUCCGUCCUGUUUGUGUGUGUGUGUGGAGGGGUGAACCCUCCCCUGGCCUCUCCCUCUUCCGGCUGGGAGGUGCAGGAACUGCUUCCUGGGGGUACAAAAGUCCUAAACUCAUCUAGCCCUGUUAGAAUUCCUACUCCGUGAUUGCAGUCAUGGGAUUGUUGUCUUUCACGGAGACAGGAUGUUUGUGUUCCUGCGUUCCGUGAAGUGGGACUAUUGUCCUUUGUCCUUUUUCUCUUUGCUGUCUGAUGCUAGAGAGAGAGGGAGCCAUGUUGCAGUGCUCCGUGAGUGUUUAUAUGUAAAUAAAGUAGAUUAGCCAAAAUGCUGAGUUGCUGAGAUUUGUUAUGCAAACAGGGCAAACUCUGCGGAUCCCUAAGUGUGCCGGUGUCUGUUGGCAUCGGUCGCUGUGAUGUUUGGGCAGAGGAAAGCUUUUGAGGCUCCCGAAUGAUCGCCCAGGAGGGAGGGAACAUGCCAGGCGGGCAUGUGUCUCUACCAGGGUCCUACUCGUGUGUAGGCUGAACUCCUGACAUGGUCAUGGAAUUGUAGAGUUGGAAGGGGACCAGUGCUUUUUUCCUGGGGGGACGCAGGGGGACACAUACCCCUAAACAUUUUGGGAACCUUAAGUUCGGCCUCAUUGAGGGGCAGUAUGAGUAGGAAAAGGAGAGUACCCCUAAACAUUUUUUUUAAGGAAGAAAGCACUGGAAGGGACUCCAAGGGCCAUCUAGUCCAGCCCUCGGAGUCAGAGGAAGGAUUGCCACCUCUUCCCUCCUCACCCCACAGGGCCCCUUGCCGCCCUUUUCUCCGUAGCUUAAAGCAGGAGGUGCUGCCAUUUGAAUGGAGGGCCCGGUUUGAUCCUGGGGGAUCCUUGAUUUCUGGGGGCUGGGCUAGAUGACCCUUGGCUCCCCUCCCUUCCAACUUCAGUUCUAUGAAAAGGGCUCUGCAGGAGGGGAGCGUCUUACUUUGGGUCCUGAGGCUUUUAUAUUUAUUCAUUUGUGGCAUGCCCUAAGGCCCCAGGGCAUGGGUGAUGCGUUAAAGCACAGUAUAUAUAUUUUAAUGCUUUUUAUUGAGUUUACUUUAACACAAACAAAACAAAAUAAAUACACUGAAGUUCGACAAUCCUAUGUACACUUAUUUUCUCAAUGCUCUGUCGAACAUAGACUUCCUCCCUUCCACAGGUUUUCAUAUUAAUCUUUCAUUUUCCGCAGAUUCUUAAUAACAUCCUAUUCACAUCAUAAGAGUUAUUUUAAUCCUACUACAGUCUUUAAACUUCUGCAAUUAUUACAUAUAUACUCCACUCACUCCUGAUCUUUGUUUCCUCUUGGUUACGGAUCCUGUGGGUCAGUUUUGCUGAUUCCACGUAUUCAACCGUUUUUGUCUGCCACUCCACUAAUGUUGGUAUUUCCUGAGUUUUCCAUUUUGGGGCUACUAAAAUUCUGGCGGCAGUCGUAGCCUACAUGAAUAAUCUCUGGCACAAUAUUUAAAACAGAUUGAGGCCAUAAGAAUGAGGCGGGUCCCAAAAUAUCACGCCUCAAGUGUCAAAAGCCAGGGCAAAGGGGUUACGUCCGCAGCUGGUCUCCACCACAGUGUGGGGUUAGAAGCUCGCUGGAUGAUGGUGAGGGUGAUUUAAAGGGGAGGCGGCAGGGGGCUCAGCACUCCAAACAAGACACCGAACUCUGCACCUACCGGGCCUGUGUGUGAGUCGCACGCUGAGCACCGCAGGGGCUGCAAGACCCUCCCCACCACCGAUGGGGCUGAAGGGCUCCAUUUCUCUGUCCCCGCUGUCUUGACACCCCUCUUCCCCUCCCUCUCGCAGACCCCCGAGGAGGAGCGGGGCCUGCUGCACAGCGACAGCAACGGCUACACCAACCUGCCGGACGUGGUCCAGCCCAGCCACUCGCCCACCGAGGCCAAGAGCAGCAGCAACGGUUCCUCCUCGCCAGCCAAGGACACAGCCACCGACGUGAGUUUGGGGAAUAAUAAUAAUAAAUUUUAUUGAUACCCCGCCCUCCCCGGCCAGAGGGCGGCUAACACCAAUAAAAUUACAGUGAAAACAUAAUAGGUAAAAAAGUAAUUUAAAUGCAGGCUAAAAUGCAAUUUAAAAAGAGGGAGGAAGGCUUGCUCCAGGCCUCCCGCUUCCUUUCUCCUUUGGCUUGCAGUGACUCCUCCUUGUAGGGCCGUGGCCACAUUCCUCCCCCUUUGCUCCAGCUCUCUGCAUCUGAGUGAGGGAGAGCAGCCAUCGCCUGCCUGAGGUUUGGUGCCGUGGGGCAUGUGGGCUGCUCCGCAGUGCCUUUGUGGGGUGGAGUUGCAGCCCUUUGCUCUUAGCGUUAAAUAAGUUGGAGUUCUUGUUAUUAAAUAUACCAAGAAGAAAGCGCACCAAGAACUCCGGCCAAUAUAAGUUCCAGUAGUGGGAGUGGUCCCUACUUGCAAAUCAAUAGUCAAUUGUAACAAAAACUAAAUCCAUUCAAAAGUAUGUAUUCUGUCAAGGAUUACAAACUCAAACAGAGAUUACAAACUCAAACUCAUAACGAUAUGUAUAACACAAUAAUUCUCUCUAUUUGAGUUUGGAAUCCUUGUCAGAAUACAUACUUUUGAAUGGAUUAGUUUUUGUUACAAUUGACUAUUGAUUUGCAAGCAGGGACCCCUCCCACUAUUGUUACUUAUACAGUGGUACCUCGGGUUAAGUACUUAAUUCAUUCCGGAGGUCCGUUCUUAACCUGAAAGUGUUCUUAACCUGAAGCACCACUUUAGCUAAUAGGGUCUCCUGCUGCCGCUGCACGAUUUCUGUUCUCAUCCUGGAGCAAAGUUCUUAAACCGAGGUAAUAUUUCUGGGUUAGCGGAGUCUGUAACCUGAAGCGUAUGUAACCCAAGGUACCACUGUAUUGGCCAGAGUUCUUGGUGCGCUUUUUUCUUUGCUCUUAGCGAGCAGGUGAGGGUAGCUUGGGCGGAAGGUCUCCGGGAGCAGAAUCUGUCCUCUGUCUCGACAUCACCAGCCCUUAUGAACCGAAGGAGAGCCUUGUUGGAUGAGCAUCCUUUUCCCAAACAGAUGCCCCCAUGGGAAACCAACAAGCACAAGAGCAUCUCUCGCCUCCUGCCGUUUCCAGGGAUGCAGAAGAAUUGCUACCUCCCACUGCGGAGGGCAGGGCAGAACCAUCCUAGCUUGUCAUCAGCAGCUCAGGUGGCGCUGUGGUCUAAACCACUGAGCCUCUUGGGUUUGCCGAUCGGAAGGUCGGCGGUUCGAAUCCCCACAAUGACGGGGUGAGCUCCUGUUGCUCUGUCCCUGCUCCUGCCGACCUGGCAGUUCGAAAGCACGUCAAAGUGCAAGUAGAUAAAUACCGUAUUUUUUGCUCUAUAAAACUCACUUUUUCCCUCCUAAAAAGAAAGGGGAAAUGUGUGUGCGUCUUAUGGAGCGGAUGCAGGCUGCGCAGCUAUCCCAGAAGCCAGAACAGCAAGAGGGAUCGCUGCUUUCGUUGCGCAGCGAUCCCUCUUGCUGUUCUGGCUUCUGAGAUUCAGAAUAUUUUUUUUCUUGUUUUCCUCCUCCAAAAACUAGGUGCGUCUUAUGGUCUGGUGCGUCUUAUAGAGCGAAAAAUACAGUAGGUACCGCUCCGGCGGGAAGGUAAACAGCGUUUCCAUGCACUCUGGCUUCUGUCACGGUGUCCCAUUGCGCCAGAAGCGAUUUAGUCCUGCUGGCCACAUGACGCUGAAAGCUGUUUGUGGACAAUCGCCAGCUCCCUCGGCCUGAAAGCGAGAUGAGCGCCGCAACCCGAGUCACCUUUGACUGGACUUAACCAUCCAGGGGUCCUUUACCUCUUACCUUCACCUCCUCCAUGAAUCUGCCCCCUCCUCUUUUAAAGCCAGCUGGGUUUGCUGGCCAUUGCUGCAUGAGCCCUUCCAAACAGGACUUCAGCAGAAAGAGAUGGUGGCGGUUGUGGGAUUCUCAUGGCAAUUGUUCCAAAUCGGGUUUGUGCAAAAUCAGAAACGGCUUGUAGCUAAUUUUUUGAAACGUAGGUAGUAGUUGUAAUAAAAUGUGAGAUUCUACAAACUCUAACCUUUUAUCCUAAGCGGGCAGGGAAGGAAAGUACAGGGAGUUAAAGCAAAUUAAAUAAACCAUGCAUGGUCCUUGGGCGUUUGGGCUUGCUGGGGCAGUGCAGGGACCUGGCAUUGUAGCCCUCCUUCCUCCAGGCAUUGGAUAUCGUCCCCUAACCUGCUUCUGUCUCUCUCUCACUGCGCCCCUCUCCCCCCUCAAUUGCAGUACCAGUCAAGGGGGCUGGUCAAGGCUCCCGGAAAGAGCUCCUUCACGAUGUUUGUGGACUUGGGCAUCUACCACAGCUCGCCUGGAGGAGGCGACACCAUCCCCAUCACUGGUGAGACCUUGCGGGGAGGGGAGGUGGGGAGGGGAGGGGUGUCCCUUGGCCUGCUUCCUCCCGCACGAGAGUCUGUGCUGCACAGACUUGUCCUUAAAAAAACAGACAGAUCCGUGUCACGGGCCCAGAAAUUUUUAUUUCAAACAAUGCCCAUAGUCAGUGGAGUGGGACACUUCAGACGAUGGCAAAAAGAUGUUUCUAGAUUUACCUGGCAGGGGAAGAAACCAAGCAUUAAGUAUAAAUUACUAUAGAUACAAAAGAAAGAGGUGGAUUUUCCCUGCCGGAUUUGAAAUUAUAUUAUGAAGCGUCCUGUCCCUGCAGGCUGCAGGAGUGGAUAACUUUAAAAAAUACAGAUAUUUUGGACCUUGAGGGUCAUGACAACAGAUUUGGAUGGCAUGCAUAUUUAUGGUACGAGAAGACCAAAGUGCAUAUAGCGUUUUUAAUCAUUUGGUAACAAAAUCCAUUUAUGGAAGGUCCCAAAUUCAGUCCCCAAAGGUAGCAUCUCCAGGUAGGGCAGGGAGCUUAUGCAAGUCCUUACGUAGAAUCGUAGAGCUGGAAGGCACCCCAGGGGUCGUCUAGCCCAACCCGCUGCAGAGCAGAAAGCGCAGCUCAAGAAUCCACGACGGACAGCCGUCAAGACUCUCUUGAGAAGAGGCUGCCGCCUUCCAGCGAAGGAGACCCUCAGGCAGCUCAGCUCCCCCCUCCCACUCCCCCACCCCCGGAGCAAACUAGGAAGGCUUGACCUGUGUGAUUUCUCUCUCUUUCCACCCGCAAAGCGUUUGACCCGGGGCGGCUGGAGCAGCUGCAGCUGGAGGCGCGGAAGGGCUCUGUGGUCAACGUGAACCCCACCAACACGCGGCCCCACAGCGACACCCCCGAGAUCCGCAAGUACAAGAAGCGCUUCAACUCGGAGAUCCUGUGUGCCGCCCUCUGGGGUGAGGAGGCAGGGACCCUUGGGUGGGCCAGGGCACGGCUGCCCCUCCCCAUCCCCCCGGCCUCUCCCUCACCCUCUGCCUUGGUGCCCACGCUCUAGGGGUCAACUUGCUGGUGGGGACCGAGAACGGGCUGAUGCUUCUGGACCGGAGCGGGCAAGGCAAGGUCUACACCCUCAUCAACCGGCGCCGCUUCCAGCAGAUGGACGUCCUGGAAGGGCUCAACCUCCUGACCACCAUCUCGGGUGAGGAGUGGGCCUAGGCCCACUAGGGCCUCCCCAUAAUUCCCCCCGCAGCCCUGUACUUCUUGAUAUGGACACACAGCAAGGUUCAGGGAGAAGAAGCCUGGAGUCCCAGAGGGAGAGGGGGCUUGUAGUGUUCCCAAAACAAGGAAGGACUCUAAUUAAUAGAAUACACAUAAGGCUUGAUCAGCAAGAGCCUGGGAGUGGUGCCAAUAAUAAUUAUCCUGUCCACCCCUCGGCCCAGGUCGUUUUAUUCACAAAAGAACUUUUUACACAGUGUUCGUAAGAACCAAUCAGAUUUCCUCUCAGCAUUUCAAAACCCCCACGUGGGACAAAGUCAGAUCAGAAGAAAUACUUUUAACUACAAAGACUACUCUGAGCAUGCAUAUGUAGUUCAGAGUAAAUAAAAGAGGAAGCAAAGAGGAAUGCUUUUAGGAAACUCUGGAGGUCAUAAACAGGAGAGGACAGAAGGAUGACAAGGAAAGAGAAUUUACCAUCUUGUGAACUCUCUUCCUGGCCCUUGAGAUCUAUCUAAAGAUUAACAAACUACAGUAUCUACAUCAAAGCUAACUAUCAUCUUUAUGAUCCACGACGCCUGAUGAAGCAACUGGCCUGUGUUUAGAAUGCUUCUACAUGCCUGUCAGGCAGAGAAAUAGGACAGAGAUACAGCGGCUUAUGGGAUUUGAUUAGAAAUUAUUGUCAAUGAAAUCAAACCCAGUCAACGCAACGCGUUCAUCGCGGACACAGUGGCUUGAUGCAUGUUUUAUAAUUCCUCAUAGCAAUCCCACCUGAUGCCCACACUCUGGAUAUUUGCACUCCUACAGGGGCUACAGGAUUUCAGAGACGCUGCGGAGGGUGCACCCCAGGGGAAAGGGGGCUGGAGUCUGACUGGGGAGAGGAGGCCAGCGAUUUGUGAGGAGCUGCCCCUGUCAGCAGGCAGGAGUCGGAGGCAGGAGAAGCUUCAGAGCUGGAGGGGGGCACAGAAUGCGGUGGAAACAGAGGAGGAAGAGGCAGGCCCCGAAAGGAAAGGGCCCAGGGGCUUCCCCACCCGUUCCUUCCUUGCUGUCUCCCGGAACCAGGAGGGGAUUGAAAAGGGAGGAGCAGAGGACGUUUCCACGCAGGCGCAGUUUCUGGCUGCAUGUGUUGCAGGGAAAUGCAUUUUAUGGUGGCAACUACUCUAUAGCUCUUGAGGGACGCGGGUGGCGCUGUGGGUUAAACCACAGAGUCUAGGACUUGCCGAUCAGAAGGUCAGCGGUUCGAAUCCCUGUGACGGGGUGAGCUCCCAUUGCUCGGUCCCUGCUCCUGCCCACCUAGCAGUUCAAAAGCACGUCAAAGUGCAAGUAGAUAAAUAGGUACCGCUCCGGCGGGAAGGUAAACGGCGUUUCCGUGCGCUGCUCUGGUUCUCCAGAAGCGGCUUAGUCAUGCUGGCCACAUGACCCGGAAGCUUCCUCGGCCAAUAAAGCGAGAUGAGCGCCGCAACCCCAGAGUCGGCCAUGACUGGACCUAAUGGUCAGGGGUCCCUUUACCUUUUUACUCUAUAGCUUCCGGACCUGGGAAAGAGCUGUGGAAGCGGCUCGUCAGUGUUAACUUUGGCGACUGCCGAGCGCCUUGACACGGAAGCACAGCCCUGCCCAAGGAGAGGGCUCUGGAAUUGUAGGCCACAGGAAUCUCUUGCGCACACACGUCCUGCAGGAAACCACACACACCCCGACACCCUGUCCCCCCUUUUUUCUCCCCUGACCUGUGAAUAAAGGAUCCUUGGUUCUCUCUCUCCCCGCCCCCCUCCCCUUAGGGAAGAGGAACAAGCUUCGCGUCUACUACCUCUCCUGGCUGCGGAACAAAAUUUUGCACAACGACCCCGAAGUGGAGAAGAAGCAAGGCUGGACCACCGUGGGGGACAUGGAGGGCUGUGUCCACUACCGCGUGGGUAAGUGGGGUGCGGGUCCCGGGCUGAGCGGUCGGGGCCAGGAGACCCCACCACACCCCAUCCCAGGGGGCAGACACGUUGACAAUUCAGCCCAGAAACCACCUGCCCCGGGAAGAAUUAAAUUUGGCCAGACCCACCAAUUACGGUAAUGUUGACGGCUCAAUGAGUAGCCCAGGUGCAGGAUCCAAGCACAAGAGCAACACUCCCCCCUCCUGCAAUUCCCAGUUACUAGGAUCCUGGUUGGUUGGUUGCCAUCCCUGUCUCCAGUGACAGGGAGUUCCGCAGUCCAACGAUCCAUCUCUCAUGGCCAAGCCCACCCUGUCAUUCUUGAACCCAGCACGGGAAGCCCUUUGAGCCUGGAACUGCCCCAGAUUAUGAAGGGAAGGUGUGGGGUCCAGCCCUAACAUCCCCCCCCCUCCCUGGUUCUUUUCCCUCAGUGAAAUACGAGCGGAUCAAGUUCCUGGUCAUUGCACUCAAGAACUCAGUGGAAGUCUAUGCCUGGGCACCCAAGCCCUACCACAAAUUCAUGGCCUUCAAGGUACUGGGGAGGCUGGAAUCGGGGGGGGGGGCCUGGGGGAGAAGGGAGCCUUUGGGGCUCUGCUGAAAUCUGCACGGCAGGGCCCCUGAUUUUCAGCGUGGGGAGCGGGUUUUGAUAGCAGCGGGAGCCUCAUGAAAGUGUGGCUUGGCUGGAAGGAUCAGGGGAGAGGGGGCUGAUUUGGUGACUGGGAGGAGAGCGUCCGAGUUGGAAGGGGCACCCAGGGGCCAUCUAGCCCAGCCCCCGGGUGCAGUGAAGGGGUGACUGCUGAAGAACCCCUAACAGGUGUGGCAUCCACCCCCUUCCGAGGUCAUAGGAUUGUGGCGUUGGAAGGGGUCCUGGGUGGCUCCUCGUGGCCAGAAACCCCCCCCCCACGCAACACCCUUCCUGCCUCCCCCUGCUUUGUCUUCCAGUCUUUUGCUGACUUGCCUCACCGGCCGCUGCUGGUGGAGCUGACGGUGGAGGAGGGCCAGCGGCUCAAAGUGAUCUACGGAUCCUGCGCCGGCUUCCACGCCAUCGACGUGGACUCAGGAAACAACUACGACAUCUAUAUACCAGUACAUGUAAGCCUGGCCAGCGGGCGGAAGAGGGGAGCAGGCUGUGGGGGUUGGCGGGUGGGCCUCAUUUAAGCCUUCCUUCUCCUCUUCUCUUUCUCCUUCUCCUCCUCCUCCUGCCGCCCCAGAUCCAGUCGCAGGUCACCCCCCAUGCCAUCAUCUUCCUGACCAACACCGAAGGGAUGGAGAUGCUCCUUUGCUACGAAGACGAGGGCGUCUACGUCAACACCUACGGGCGCAUCAUCAAGGACGUCGUGCUGCAGUGGGGGGAGAUGCCCACCUCUGUCGGUAAGCCUGGAGCAGCAGGGGGCGCUCGGGGGGGGCGCGCGAUGUGUUGCGUUCCAAAAGCAAGGAAGGAUUGGACGCUGAUUAAUAGAAUACACACGAGGCUUCACCAGCAAGACUCUCGGAGGAGUGUGUGUAAUAAUAAUUCCUGCCCACCCUCCGGCCCAGGUCGUUUUAUUCACAAAAGAACUUUUAAACAGUGUUCAUAAGAACCAAUCAGAUUUCCUCUGAUGUGGGACAAAGCCAGAUCAGAAGAAAUCCUGUUACCUACAAAGACUACUUUGAGCAUGCAUGCAUAUCUGAGAGUAAAUAAAACAGGACUAGAGGAAUGCAUUCAGGUCAUAAACAGGCAGGAAAGGAAGGAAGGAAGGCAAGAGUAUUUACCAUCUCCUUGUGAACUCUCUUCCUGGCCCUUAAGAUCCACCUAAAGAUUAACAAUUACAUCAAAGUAGCCUACUAUCCUUAUGUACUGAGGAUGCCUGAUGAAGCAACUGGCCUGUGUUUAGAAUGCUGAUAUGUGCCUGUCAGGCGUAGAGAAAGCAAAUGGCAGAGGUGGAGAGGCCUGUGGGAUUCGAUCAGGAACUAUUGUCAAUGAAUCAAACCCAGUCAACGCCAUGCUUUCAUCGCGGACACAAUGGCUUGCUUCAUAUUUCAUAAUUCCUCAUAGCAAUCCCACCUGACCACUACACAGAGUGUGUUUCAGUACUCUCAUCUGGAAGCUGCCAGAGGGCGGUGGCCGUGUCUCCUGGGCCCCAAAGGGGCUGCAGCUGGCAGAACAGCUGGAGCUGGGCAGAGGCUCUCCUUGCUGAGAUAAAAUGGUGCCCGGCUCACUUCCCCUGUGCCGAUGGACGCUUGUGCCGAUAGAAAAAACUUGAGCUCUUAGCAGAGUUCUGCAGUGGUAGAAAGUGUUGCCUUGUGUGUGGAUAAUAAAUCAGACUGAACGCAGGCUUCUUGCUAAUCUCUAACAGCCUUUAAUGAGAGAAAAACAUCAUAAAUCAGUCCCGGCGAGAGAGCAGGCAUCCUUCUCGCCUCUCAGCCAAAAACGAAAAGAAACUCACACACAAAGAAAGAUUCCCGUAUGUGAACCAAACCACGCCUCAGAAUGUGAGACGUCACACAGAACUGUUUAACCCUGUAAGUUCUGAUUCUCCUCACACUCCUGGCCCCCGGGGCAUCCCGUGACAGAGUUGCAUUCGGGACCCAUUGCUGAGCUGCAGCCGCUUCCUGUCUUCCUUCUGGGCUUGGCACACACACACACACACCCCGUGCUCAACGAGGAAGACUCAUGUGUCCCCCUUUCUCUCCCCCUGCCCCUCAGCUUAUAUCUGCUCCAAUCAGAUCAUGGGUUGGGGCGAGAAAGCCAUUGAGAUCCGCUCGGUAGAGACGGGGCACCUGGACGGCGUCUUCAUGCACAAGCGGGCGCAGCGCCUCAAGUUCCUGUGUGAGCGCAACGACAAGGUGGGUGUGAGUCACGCCUCCUGGAUCCAGCCCCACCGGACUCCACUCAAGCUGAGAGCUGGGGGCCGGCGCAGCGUGUGUGUGUGUGUGUGUGUUUUGUUGUCUCAAGGCACAACUGUGCCAUCCUGGCUGGCUCUACAUUUGCUGCUGCCUGCGGGGUGGAAGAGAUACCCGGAGAGGAGGGGGUGCUCGUGGCUGACCCUCCCCCUGCCAAUCUCCUCUUCCUCUUUGCUGCAUCAGUCAGGGUUCUGGAUCAGGCCCAAGGGUCUGUCUUGGGACUCCUGGUGCUUGGCUGUGCCUAUGAAGGCCGGAUCCGGCACGACAGUGUAGGGCUUACUUUCAUUUUCAAGCAAAGAAGUGGAUAGCUAUUUAUUUCAUUUCAUAAUGUCCACACACCAUUGCAUAUCCCGUAUUUUUCCGUGUAUAAGACGCCCCCGUGUAUAAGACUUUGGGGGGCCCCACAUUUAGAAAAUGGGCAUAUGCACUAUCCGUGUAUAAGACACCCCCAAAUUUUUAACCUUAUUUUAAAGUAAAAAAAGCCUAGUCUUAUACACAGAAAAGGUGUGUGUGUGUGUGUGUGUGUGUAAAAUCAAGAACAACCUAAUAAUAAUAAUAAUAAUUUAUUAUUUGUACCCCACCCAUCUGGCUGGGUUUCCCCAGCCAUUCUGGGUGGCUUCCAACAAAGAUUAAAAAUACAUUAAAAUGUCACACAUUAAAAACUUCCCUGAACCUCAAAUCACUUGAUAAGAAGAAUUAACAGCAAGAAUUUAAGCUGUAGGCUAAAAGCUGUUCAGAACUCGCAUUGGACAUCUGGGUAGACUUAUCUAAACAAAAAUGCUUUUCGCAGGUACCAAGAAAAUGUGCAGUGAAGGCACCUGCUUGAGAUCAAUAGGCAGGGAGUUCCAAAGUGUAGCUGCUGCCACAGCAAAAGAUUGAUUUAUUUCCCAACGUGGAGCAGGUGUAACAGUGCCAGUUCCUUUGACAGAAGCGGUGGCGUGGGCACCUGUGGAGUAAACAAUCUCAGUUGAAAACUGUAGCAAAUGGCUCAGCAAGACCCCUUGUGGGGGGGCGGCUUGGGGCAGUGGACCAGAGCGCCUUUCCCAUUGGAAGUGUGGGGGGGUGCCAUUUCAUCGUUUGGGUAAAGCAGAGAUCUGAGCGAAGUGGAAGGCAGAGGUUUGGUCCUGGGGGGUCAAGAGAUGGGAGAGCGCUCUAGCCGCGAACUUGGCAGCAGGGGGGGGCAGGUCUCCCGGAGAGUUGAAUUUGGAGCAGCAGCUCCUGGCGCAGAAUGCAGGCAUCUGCCCCACGGCCUGCAAACAGUAGCAGAGUGGGGGCCCGCAUUCUCCACUAAUCUGGAGACACCCCCAGCUUCCUUGAGCCGUGUAGCAUUCCCAAAGCAAAAGAAGGAUUGGACUCUGAUUAAUAAAAUACACAGGAGGCUUGACCAGCAAGACUCUGGGAGGAGUGCGUAUAAUAAUAAUCCCUGUCCACCCCUUGGCCCAGGUCGUUUUAUUCACAGAAGAACAUUUUACACGGUGUCCGUAAGAACCAAUCAGAUUUCCUCUGAGCAUUUCAAAAAACCCCACGUAGGGACAAAGUUAAACUACAAAAAAAGCUAAUUUAAGCAUUCAUACUUCUGGGGUAAUUAAAACAGGGCUAAAAAGGAAGAAUGUGUUCAGCAACUCCAGAGGUCAUAAACAAGCAGUAAACGUGAGAGGAAGGAUGGGUAGUAUUUGCCAUCUCUUCCUGAACUCUCUUCCUGGCCCUAAGAGUAACAAAACUAACAAUAACUACGUCAGAGAAGCUCCCUACUAUCUUUAUGUACUGAGGAUGCCCGAUGAAGCAACUGGCCUGUGUUUAAUAAUAAUAAUAAUAAUAAUAAUAAUUUAUUAUUUGUACCCCACCCAUCUGGCUGGGUCUCCCCAGCCACUCUGGGCGGCUUCCAUAAAGACCAAAAAUACACUAAUAUGUCAUACAUUAAAAACUUCCCUGAACAGGGCUGCCUUCAGACGUCUUCUAAAAGUCUGGUAGUUGUUCUUCUCUUUGGCAUCUGAUGGGAGGGCGUUCCACAGGGAGGGCGCCACCACCAAGAAGGCCCUCUGCCUGGUUCCCUGUAGCUUUGCUUCUCGCAGGGAGGGAACCGCCAGAAGGCCCUCGGAGCUGGACCUCCGUGUCUGGGCAGAACGAUGGGGGUGGAGAUGCUCCUUCAGGUAUACUGGGCCUUUGAGGCCGUUUAGGGCUUUCAAGGUCAGCACCAACACUUUGAAUUGUGCUCAGAAACAUACUGGGAGCCAAUGCAGAUCUCUCAGGACCGGUGUUAUGUGGUCUCGGUGGCCGCUCCCAGUCCCCAGUCUAGCUGCCGCAUUCUGGAUUAGUUGUAGUUUCUAGGUCACCUUCAAAGGUAGCCCCACGCAGAGCGCAUGGCAGUAGUCCAAGCGGGAGAUAACCAGAGCAUGUGCCACUCUGGCGAGACAGUCUGUGGGCAGGGAGGGUCUCAUCCUGCGUCCCAGAUGGAGCUGGCAGACCCUUCCGAAUGCUUAUACGUGCCUGUCAGGCUUAGAGAAAUCAGAGAUGCAGAGGCUUGUGGGAUUUGAUCAGAAAUUAUUGUCCAUGAAUUGAACCCAGUCGACGCCAUAGUUUCACCGUGGACACAGUGGCUUGAUGCAUAUUUUAUAAUUCCUCAUAGUAAUCCCAUCGGAGCACUACCUCCCAUCGGAGCCAGCUAGUAUGGGCACUGGGAGGGCCACUGCUUGACUGCAGAGGAACUUGGGGGGGGGUGAUUCCUGACCCCCACUGACUGCCUGCUCUUCCUUCACGUCCUCCUCCCUUCCUUCGUCCCUCCCUGCAGGUCUUCUUCGCUUCCGUUCGCUCUGGGGGCAGCAGCCAGGUCUACUUCAUGACCCUGAACAGGAACUGCAUCAUGAACUGGUGAGGGCAGGGGGCUCGCCCCACCCCGCCCCUCCUGCUUGCCCCACUCUGUGGCGGAGGGGGGGGAGAAGGAGGAGGAGGAGGGUCUCGUCAGAUGCCCCGCUUGAGCUCAAGACGGCCCAGAGAAGACCAUCCCGUGAAAGUGAAAGCGAUGCCUUGGCGGGUCACUUCUCAGUCCCGCCCUCCCCUCCUCUCGGCUGCCCUUGGGGGGCCUCGGCGCCCCCAUUUAACUCUUCUGUUUCUGAUAGGAAAGACGUCGGGUGCGUGGCUGGGGUGGGAAGGGUCCAGUCCUAAAAAAGACAGCCAUCCCUUGCUGCCUAUCGUGGUGGUCCCACUUCAGGGCGGUUGGGGAGGGGCGUGGGGAGCAAUGCCUAAAUCCCACCCCCUUCUCAUCCCAGAAUUCAGCAGUAUUUCAGUGUCCCAAAGAGGAUGGGGGGGGGGCGGAACGGCCUCUGGGGCAGGGUUUUAUUAUCAAAGCCAAAUCAUGUAAAUAAAAGCAGCUGGGAGUCCCGUCCGUCCCCCCCCCCUUUCCUAUCUUCCAAUCAGAGGAGGGAAAGCUGCAGCUCCCCACAGCUUAUGGGGACAGGGUGUGGGGAGUAGCUGGGGGCCACUUUUGCAAGGGGGGGGAGAGAGAAGAAGAGGAGGAAGUGUGGAUAUUCUCCCAUUCUGAGCCAUUUCCCCCAUGUCCCUUGCAGGCAGACCUCUCUGGCUUUGUGAAACUCACCCCCCCACACACCCCAAAAAAAUAAUCUUGCAGCACGUGGCAAGCACCUCCACCUGCUGGCGUCGUUCCCCCCCCUCAUUUCCGUGGGGAAGUGAUAAGGGACUAAGAAUGAGGUUGCCCCACCCAUCCUGGCUCACCAGUAAGUUUCGGGGGGGGGGGCAAAACCGCUGGCCCCUCCUUCCUGACCCCCCCCCCGACCAGCCAGCCAUGGGACGUGUGUUGGAUGUAUAUCAGAAUUCUCUCCCGCCCCCCAGCCACCCAUGGGGGGAGCUGUGUAUAUUUUGCUUUAAUUAUUCCUUUUUGUAAUGGCAAUUAAGUAAUUAACUAACAAAGCACUUUAACUGGGCCCACCUAAUCAGGGUGGUUAGUGGAUUGGGAAGGGGGAGCAGGAAGCUGGGAGGGGGGGCUUGGCUGCGUCUCCCUCCCCACCCCAAACCCUGCAAGGCCUCUUCAAGGCAGCUUUUUCCUUCCCAGGGUGUUGUGGGGGAGACAGGAGGUGAAGUUGGCUUCUUCCCUAGGCAGAAGCAAACAGCCUGUCUUUGCUGCCCCGCCCCCAUUGAUUCCUUCCUGGGUUUGGGGCUUCCCAUGGGGGGCGCUGACGGCCGGCUGCUGGAGAGAGGCGGGGGCCACGAGGCCAGAUCCCCUUGCGCAACCCUCUCCCCGCCCCCCCUUCCUUGGGCAACUUUGGUUUCUUGUGUAUUUUCGCUUGCGUUUGUAUAUAACCCUCCCGGACCCCAGCGUGGGCGAAGGGAGCAGCCCCCCACCCCACCCCGCCCUCCAGCAAUCAGCGGUGGCCUUGGGAUGAUGAUGAUGAUGAAGACAACAUCUGUUUAAUAAAAGAACCAAAAUCUGUGAGUC